GCUGGGCUGGGUGUUGUCGCUGACAGCUUGCUGGCUGCUCGGGCUAGUUGUCGGAGUGGCGAGGUCUGGGCGAGUUCGGAGACGGAGAUUACGGAAACUGUAGCCUUCCAGCGCCUCACACCGCGGGGUAAGGGACCUCCAGACACCCCGCUCCCUCUGUCCGUGUCCUCCCCCCAGCUGUGGGUUAUAUCCCAUGAUGCACUGCUCCCUCCCUUCCUGGCUGGCUGAGCGUUACAGAGUGAUGGUUCGCAGCAGCUGGGCUAUCCCAGGGCCAGCAGGUGUCCCUAGCCCUGUACGGGGGUCCUUAGACAGUGCAUGAAAAGUACUGCCCUGUAUAAUAUAGCGUAGGACACCCAGCUGCUGAAAAGAACUACAUCUCCCAUGAUGCUCUCACUGUACUAAUGCUAGCAAAGCAUCAUGGGAGAUGUAGUUCUUAGAGCAGUUAUAGGGGGUAGAUCCCUUAAUUAAUCAAGGUUAAAGCUUGGCCAGCACUGAUUGGCUGGCUUGUCUCCCCCCAGCACAUGCUGCAUGUUGUAGGGCAGCUCUCUUCAUGUGCUGCCCAACAGUAUAAAGACAAUGUGUGGCUGGCAAGCCAAGUCAUAGGUUAGCCAGCCCUGCUCCCUAUUCAGCAUGCAGAGGGGGAGGUGGGGGGUGAUGACCUUUGUGUUCACUGUUUGACUGCAGUUCAUAUAUCCCAGGAUUUGGGAUUAGGAAAACCUUAUGUUGUGGACUGCAUCUCCCAUAAUGCUCUUACAGCCAUUAUGCUGGCAAAGCAUCAUGGGACCUGUAGUCCAAAACAGUUGGAGUGCCAAAGGUUGCCUAUCCUUGCUAGGUUGUCUGUAGAUUUUAUUUUAUCAUACACACGCACAGUAGAUAAUUUUUGUAACCCCUUGUAAGAUCUUUUGUCUGGAUUGGUAAUAAUACUGAUGACUAUGAGUACGCUGAUAGUCAUAGAUUUAGUUUUUUGUUUCGUGCAAAGCCUAAUUAAUGGUGUGUGGGCAUAAAAUAAGGAUGUAGAAUAAGUCAUGUUUCAAUACAUUCUUCAUUAUUUUAUUAUAAGGUACCAUCGUGCACAUUGCAAAUCUACCUUCUUGGAAAUGCUGCUGUUCUUUAAAUAUGUAAAGUUUAAUAUUUUAAUAUAAGUCUGUUUAGACCUGUGUUACUGUAAAAUUCAUUCUUCAGUACAAUGUUUUAUUCCUGUACCUAAUUCACGCUUGUUUGUUUUGCGUAAAACCAUCUGUGGUUUUGGCCAGAAAUCAGUCCUAUAGGUCUACGCAUGUGUAUUACAAUUUAUUAAACUGGCAAAAACACUUCCUUUAUGCCAUGUAGUAAAUAAUGCUAAAUUACAUUGCUUGUAGCGGGUUGGUCACUUUUAAAUUCCUCUUAAACUUUAACUUUUAAAAUGUCUAGUUUAAUGGUGGGAGCCAACCUACCAUUAUAAAAUUACGUAAUCCCCCGCCCAGCAGGUCAUUGCUUGAGGUUUCAUAUUGUGAUUGUUUAUUUUAAUAGCCCCAACACAAUUUGCAGUAAUGGAUACAUUGCGUAAAAGGUGUAAAUAAAUUAAAGUGAUAGACAGAAACAGAAUUUGGUGUCCUGUUUAGAUUAGGGUGUGACCUUAUUGUCUAUUCACUUGUGCAUUAACACUGUAUUCGUAACAAUGGGUGUAGUAGACACCUAUAGUUUCAACAGUGGCUUGAAAAUGAAAAGAUACUUUGCUAAUUGAAUAUGGCCAUUCCUUGCAGUUAAUUUGGGAACUUUGCCAUUUAAUUGUGUGACAUAAUCUGUCACUAAGUGGAUAUGGAAUCUUAGUAAGAACAUUCUAAUAAACCAGUGUAAAUAGUAAGUUAUGUCAGCACAGCUUCCCAUUUGCUUUCAGUGUUGGCGAAACCAAGUGCAUUGCCUCUUGCUGUAGUGAACUUUAUACCUUCCAUCAUGCUACUUUCAGCCACAGUGCAGUUAAUGGGAAUAUUCUCUAAAGUUAAAAGCUUUGAUUUGCUGAUUGAGCAGGACAAUAGCUGCCCGUGUGGGUAAAUUCUCCUUUUGUCAUCUGGAAGCACAUGACUUUCUAUGGCUGCAUGCCUUUGUGUUUUGCCUGCCAAUUGAAUUUGUGUGGCUUUUUUUUUUAGGAAUCUGGCUGUAGAAAGGGUUAAGGUUGGGGGAGGGAGGGGUGGUUUUCUUGCCAUUGGGUGCAGAAAGCCCCACCCAAAUCCCUUUUAGGACAAGGGCACUUUAUAAUAGGUUAUUGUCUCCAAUCAUAUUGUCACUGUGUAAUGUUAACUCUACAGGAACCAGAGUGGCUGGCAAAUUGUAGCCAAAGAACAGGUGCAAUAAAUGGUGUUUUUUAUUUGCGUGACUGUUUAGUCAAAGUCCAUCAAAUGCAUGAGUCAAGCCUAGACAUUUAAUAAAACGGCUGGAAUGUUUGCAGCUGACAAAAGCUUCUAUAGUGGGUGGGGAGGGUCGCUCAACCUGCUCUGUCAUUGAUCAAUUGCUUAGAAUGAACAAAUUCUUCCUUGAGUCACUUUAACACCAUGAAUUGGCAAGCAUCAGAUUCCCAUGGACUAUCUCUGCUCCCAGUUUUAACUGAAAUAGACCAAACUUACAACUUUGUCCUCUGACCUGUCAAACCUGGAUUACCAAACUGCAGGUUCCAUAUCUUUCCAGUAAUAAUUUAAAAAUGGCAAAGAAUUGUAGGAAUUAUUUUAAUUUUUGUUUGUUUGUUUUUUUUUUUUUUUUUUUUCACUGGUUUGAGAAUUCCCUUUGGUCAAUUUGCUAGAUCAAAAAAUACAAAUGUAAAGUUUAUUUUAGACGUGUUGUAAUCAAGUUAGAUAGACACAGUAAGCCGUCUGCUUUCCAGUUUGAAACAAAACAUCUAGUGCUCAGGUCAGCCCCACCUAAACAUUCCUCCCUCCAGCUCCCUUGCACACCAUCUUGUAUUUCCGCAAACAGUAGUUCACUUGCAGGUUUUGGGCACCAGUAUUUUCAAGAAGCGCAAACCCAUGUUUUGCAUUGUUGGCAUCUGCAAAAAAUCAUGUAUUUUAAUUGGGAAAUAUUGGCUAAAAUAUGCAGAGUGUAAACGGUUUCUACACUAAACGCACAAUCAAAGUUAAUGUGUUGUUGGCAAUUAUUGGAAACUGUAAUCGCCCAACUCCUAGACAAAUGCAACUAUAUAAGCAUUACACCUGGCAUACUACAUCUAGAACUCCUUCACUAAACCUACGUUUGUGGAGUAUUUGGCAAGGCAGUUGCAGAUGUUACAUCAAACGUGCCAAGCUAGGGGGGAAAAGCAUUUCUGUGGAUGUAUCCCCCCCCCCCCUUUUUUUUUUAAAUAUCUGUAACGAAGCUAUAAAUCUGCACUUUAGUGAAUAAACCCCUGUGUUUUCUCAAAGGGGCUUCUGAUAAGUUUAAUAAGCCUUGGCUCUUUGGGGGUUAAUAAGUGUUUUUUUUUUUUUUCCAUAUCACAUCCAUGUGAGGAAAGGGCUGGGUUACUCCCAUGUUUAUUCAUGGGAAAGCUUCCGACUACAAAGGGUAAUCAGACAAGGGCAGGGCGCGGGGUGAGGCAGAGACGCUAACAGCCAGGUUAUAGCCUCCCUGUAGGAAGCGAAAUAUAGCUGGGCGUUGCUGGCUUGGGAGGCUUGGCCUGAGAAAGAGUAUUGUAAUCUCACAGGAGGCAUUACCUGGAAGGCUCAAGCUGAGCAAACAUUUUGACAAGAGUUUCUGUUGACACAUGGGUUUUUACUUGCGCCCUCUCACUGUCUUGCCUGCUGCCUCCCUGGGGCUAUGGCAUCUUUCCCCUUUAGCACUCACUGUGUUGGCUCAACUUGCAUGUCUGUCAUCUUUUUGAUUUGUUUUGCUCUCUCGUACCCAAAAUCUGACUCUGUAUAAAGUCUUACUCCAAAAUUACUGUGUCAAAUUUUAAACUUGGUAAAGUUCAGCCAGAAUAGCAGUGUUUGCAAAAUCUCCUUCCAUUAAAGGACCACUAUAGUGCCAGGAAAACAUACUUUUUCCUGGCACUAUAGUGCCUUGAGGGUGCUCCCACUCUCAGGGUCCCCUCCCGCCGGGCUGGAUGGAGAGGGAGGGGUUAAACUUACCUCUUUCUCCAGCACCGGGCGGGGGACUCUCCUCCUCCUCGGCUGCAUGCGCGGCAAGAGCCGCAUGCGCGCAUUCAGCCAGUCUCAUAGGAAAGCAUUCACUGAUUGUGAAAAUCAGUGAGAAGCACGUAAGCGCCUCUAGCGGCUGUCAGACAACCACUAGAGGCUGGCUUAACCCAUUUAUAAACAUAGCGAUUUCUCUGAAACUAUGUUUAUAGAAAAAAGGGUUAAACCUGGCACCCAGACCACUUCAUUAAGCUGAAGUGGUCUGGGUGCCUAUAGUGGUCCUUUAAGUUCAAAACUUGAUUUGAAAACUUGUUUUUCUAAUUACUGCUUUUUGUAAGUAACCCAAAAAUAUAAAAUUGACUAAUGUAUUUUUAUUGUUGUUGUGUUUCUCCCCCCCCUCCCUUAAGAACUGAGAAGCAUUAGAGCUUUAGGCUAGUCUGGGCCCUAUUUAAUAUUUUUAAGUCUCAAAAGUUCCACUAGCCAUCGUCAAGUGAAAACGCUGUCCAGGCUAGUAGAAAUGAAUAUAAGUAUGUAAUAGACUCUUCAGGGUGAGUAACCUUUAAGGUCUGUCUAGUAGUGUACAACCGAUCAUUUUGAGCCCAAUAUAUAAUAGACAAUAUCCCUUUGCCUGUGGUCUAGGCUUUUGAGGUAUUUCGAAGAUAACAAACUGUCGGUAAACAAUAUGUAAAUGUAGGAUAUCAAAUUACUUGGCAUUUGACUUUUUUGAAAUGCAACCCCCCUCCCUUUGCUGGCUUCUGUUAUUGUAGGUUUUACUGCCACCCGACAAAACAAAAUGCAUCCAAUGUUAUUGCAAGGGAUUAAUGGUUUUUAUAAACAGGAUCACCGCAUUAACCAUGAUCUUGUUUGCUUAGCAUUUAAGAAGCAUUAUCUAGAGUAGAGCUGGUAUCAUAGCUCUGGGCUACUCGAGCCAAAUCUCUGGUCAUAUGUAAGCUCUAAAUGGUGGUAUCCUACAGCAGACUUUUUUCUAGGUUUUGGUAGAUUAAUGUUUUGUAUGAUUGCUUCAAGAAUGUUCAAUGGCAUCAUCCCUUUAUGUCCAUUGGCUGCAAAAGACUUUAACCCCCCACCCCCCCCCCAAAAAAAACCACACAAUUCCGUAUUCUGAUGUAGAAUGUUGACAUGCACGUAGUCCUUUAAUGUGUGGGCAUAAAUUUGUAGACCCCAAAAAAUGGUCUCAUUUCAAACAUGACUGGUCCACAUGGAAGUUUGCAAGAAGAACUCUCCACUCCUCGCCUGUGACAUCUGGUUUAUUCUGUCCUUAUCACACUUAUCUGUGUCCAGGGAUUGUCCAAUAAUUCCCCCUUUUUUUUUUUUUGGUUGAUAAAGCUGUGAGGCAGUUGUCCAGAGUCGUAUUGUCGUUACACAAUAUUCCUGUUCUCUGUAUAUAUCCAGCCUCCAUGGUUUUGGCUGGAGCGGUUUCCCUGGGCAGUUGCUGUACUUUUGUACUGGCUAUUUUUGGCACCACAUCCUGCUCUCUGAAAUCUGUUUUGUUUUGACAUUCAAACAAAUGGGAAUUCUUUCCUGGCAGGUUUUGUUGCAUUUGAAACUGUAAAAGGGACACUAUAUUCACCAAAACAACUUUAGCUUAAUGAAGUAGUGGUUUUUUUUUAUAAAUAAUAAAGCUCAUGCCUCUAAAGUUUCACUACCAUUCAGGAGUAAAAUCUAUUUUUGUUUUGGUUUACGCAGCCCUAGCCACACUUCCUGACACAGCCUGCAUGAAAUAAAAAUGGUUUCUUUUUUUUUAGAUGUAUCUUACUUUAAAAAACCAAAAAAAAAAACGGCCGGCGCCUUGCCACGGGUUACCAUGGCAACGUUACACGCGGCACACAAACCGUGAGAUUUGCACUAGGGAGCUGCUGGAAAGGGAAGUAAGAGCUUGCUGUGGGCCCCACACUGCUCAGUACAAGCCUCUGGACCACUUGGGAAUGCCAUAGCCCCCCUCCCUGGCCAGGUACCAAGCGGGGAGGGAGGGACAAAAAAAUAUACAGAAUAUUGGCAAGUUAUCAAACUGACAGUUCACAGAUUAUCCGUAUCUGCUCUAAAAAAUCAAUAUUGGACGAUCCCUAGUGAACCCCCCCUCCCCCCGGCUGUUGUGGUGCACUACGGUUGCAUGGAUGUUCAGCACUGUAUUAAAACUGCCAAGUGAGAAUAGUUAAGGUUACACAGGGUAGUGCACACCGGCCUGAAGGGGCUGUAAAGAGAUGCCACAUGGUUUGUGUAACAGGUUCGGGUUCCCAAGCCUGGGGCCUAUAUCUUGUAGUGGUGGUGUACUCCGUAAGGGCCACAAUUAACUCAAUAUAUACCACUAUAGUCAAGCAGCGGGCCUGCUGUGAUAAAACCUUCUCUGUGGUGACAGUAGGGUGGAAAAUAUUUAAACCAGGUGAUCGUCAUGAAGUCAACUAUUACGCCAGGUAACUCUCUAAAGUGGGUCAAGUCUGCGCUCUAGGGGCAUUAAACUGGGUCUAAACUAUUUGAGUAAAGGAGCACAACAGUAUGUAUUGCCCAAAGUCUCCGCUCAGGUGUGGAACGCUGCAUAGGUGUCUGGAGUUGAGCCUUGUGGGAGAAAUGAGACUUUCUUGUCGGAAUCCCAAGUGCGGGUUGAAAAGUAGGAUUGUGUGUGUUGUCCUGGGGUAUGCCCAGAGUCCAUAGUAGGGCUGCUGCUUCUUGCAUCUUGUGACUCAGUCCCAUGUUGGACGACAGGUGUUUAGGAGAGCUGCCAGCAGUAGCCAAUGUUGUGUCGUUGAAGCAGGGAGGUGAGUGGUCGGAACGACCUGGGCCAUGCUAGAGUACCACUUGACAGGUUGGCAAAGAAUGUCAGCGCCAUUGGUCUCAAAUUGGAGAGGUGCUUUACCCAGUAGAGCAGUGAGGACCGCUGCUUUGUCCUUUCCGUUUCGGAAGGUUACCAUAAUGUCCCUUGUGACCGUGGGUGGUGCCCUGGCAGGCUUGGGAGACCUGAAAGAGGUCAUCAGGGUUAAUAGCUGUGGCCUGCUUGGGCGGCUCAUUAUGUAUGGUAGCUCUGCCUCUAGGACCCCUCUAACAUUUAGGUUGUUUCUUCGCCUGGACUUCUCUUGAGCCGCGAAGCGGUGUUCAUGCUUCUGAUGCUGCUGUUGCAUGUCAUGCACGGUCUGUUGGAGCGAGGCAAUGGUGUGCUUGUUGGCUUGGGAGGAUCCUUCCAGAGUGCUAAGUAGCCGUCUGCGUUGGAGCAGGGAGGAAAUUCUCCUUCAGCAUCUCAUGAGAAUUCAUUGGAGAAAUCCAAACAGAUGCCAUAUUGGGCCAGCUAGCGCCACGUGCUUGCCUCUACAUGUCGUUGAUCGUCAGCCCCAGGGUGGGCUUUCUGGUACCCCUUUUUUAGUUUUGCAUCCCAUAUGGCCUGGGGGUGUAAUGGUAUAAGUUAAUUGUUGAUUUCACCGUUUGGAGAUGGGAGCUACAGGCUCAUGCGACCGCUCGCUUCUGUGGUCAGGCUCCGCUCCUCCCUGAUUUUUAAAGUGUGCCUGUUCAACCCAAUUAACAGUAAUGGUGACAAGCUUUCUCACUGAUAUUUAUGGACUAGUUUUACCACAAUACUCCCUUUUAGCUGAGUUUUAAGGGAGGUUUUUCAUGUAUAGCGACUGCAGAUUACAAUACUUGCCCAUGUCAUGGCUGAUACAUUUGUGUAAAUUGUAGAGAUUUUUAUGUAUUUCUACAUUAUCUAUUAAAGCCACGUUUGUUAGAUUAUAGACCUAAAUGCUUUUUCUUUGCUCAUUCACUCCUUUUCCUGAGCAAAUGGUUUAUUUGUGCUGCUGUGGAAUUUUGUGAUGCUAUUCUGUCAGAUUUCACAGCCCACUCAUUUCGCAUUGCUAUGUGACAGACUGACAUUUAUAGAAGAGGAAGUAAAAUGUAUAACCGCUUGCAAAAAGCUGCAGAUCUCUUGUCUGCAUCCUUUCCAAGCCCCCCAAUUCUUCCCGAGGACAGACUUCCUGCGACUUUAGAGUCAGACUUCCCCACGCAGCUAACAAGGUCUUUGUAAGGCAGAUGCUCUGAGCAACUAGACCUUUUUAGUUUUGUUCCAAUGAGCGAACCAAACAAAGAAGUAACAGGACUUUUUGUCUGACAGCCAGGGGGUGUUACAAGGUGAAUGUAAGUGCCAACUUCUAUUGAAUUUUGCACUUCUUGUGAAAUUAAACCAUGACUAUUCAGGCCCCUAAAGCACUUCAUCAUGCUGACGAGCUUUGGGUGGAGUGCUGCUGUAAUUAAACUGUGGUAGUGAUUUUCCUACAGGAAAAAUACUAUUAAAGUGGCUCCAUCAAUGUUGGUUCGUAUAGUUUUUAUGCCAUCAUUGGUUAUGGUGUAAGGUUUUGUAUUUUCUUUAUAUUUUUGUGGGUGUGUUUUCAAAUCCAUGCAUACACUUUCAGAAUUGCAUUUGUCAAAGUAACUGGAUGCAAACUGGGAGAAAACAUGUGCAUACUCUAGAUGCAUGCGCGCAAAUGAUUGGGCCUGAGACGGCAAGCAUAGCACAUGUGAUUUGACGAUAGACUGCUAAGAACUGAGUGGUACGAACGUGGAGCUUGUCUUAAUUUCUGCUCCUGUUUUGUUGCUUGAUUGGGGGGGGGGGGUGGAGAGAGUCUGUUUCCUUGUGUAAUUUUUUAAAAUUUUCUUUAUAAAUACGUUUCAGACACUGGGAGUAAAAAAUGCAGAAUAAAAGAGCAUGUGGUGAGAAAAUGCGUGUUUGUUUUGUUUUUUGUUUUUUUUUUGUUUUUUUAAAACAAGUGGUACUUUACAAAACAAACAUAAUAAACCAUCUGUGAGACACUAUCUAAUUUUAAUAUACUCCUGUAUAAUUUUGUAAAACUUCAAUUUUUAUUUUUUAAGCUGUAAGGCCUCUUAAAAAUAUGCAUUGCGUAUAUAUGUUGAGGUAAAUCGUACUGUUGCUUUAAUUUGACCCAUCCUUCUUAUCAAAGGAAGUGUUAACCAUCUGUAAUUUUAUUUUUAAGGUGCUCUCAAUCUGUUUUCUUCAUAUGGAUUUAUUUUAUUGCAAACCAUUGAUUACACCAGCGUAAUAAAGGCCUUAUGCCAUAGAGUUCCAUUCUGUUGAGUAACGCUGUGUCCCAUCUGCUUGCCAUAAUUGUUUGACUUGCAGUGUGUGAGCGCUGUGUUCUUUUUAACCUACUCUGAGGAUGUUUGCUGUUUUGAAAUCCUACAACUUCCAUCUGUGUUAACUAUAGUGUAAAAUGCUUUGCUCUGCAUGUAACAGUCAAUGAACGAGCACGUGUACUUGGAUAAAUAUUGAGUAAUAACAUUGUCCAACUUACUGAGAAAUGGCAAGAUGUAAGAGCCUGCAAAGCCAUAUUAUUAUAAAAGGCCAAAUUAAUAAGGGUUGGUUUUGAUGUGACCUAGAGGAGUAAACACUCAGUAUAUGUAUUGUUUAAAUUGAAGCCUUUUAGACCGGUAUCCCACUGCCUGCUUCUGGUAAUCUGUCAGCCUAAUUUAUAUUCCUAGAUAAACAAUUUUUUGGUCAAGCACUUUGCAUGGCUCUGUAGUAAACCGUUCCUUUUUAAGACUGGCAAAUUUAUGACUUCUCCAAAGAACUUGGUACCAGUAGAAAACUGACACUAAGAACCAUGGAUAAAUGAUGACAUUGUGAAUUUCAAUGACUUGUCCUUCACUUGACGACAGAAUUGGUCACAUGUCCCAUUUUAGAUCUUGUAAACUUUAAUUUCAUUUGCCAAAGCUGGUGGCAGCCUUGUUUGCCAGAGGCUAAUGCUAUUGCAUUGUUGCGCAUGCACAAGAAUACUCAAUAGACUAGUUGAUACGACUGUGGAAGGCAAGUGAAAUCAGAGGACUUUAACAGUGAAUCCAUAAAGUCUCUCUUACCACUGUAGAAACGUAAAAGUUCUGUUUAAUGCUAUUCACAAGAGCAUAGGACAGUGGGAUACUUGAUCAGUGUAGGAUGGCUGAAUGAUUCAGUCCUGUUCCCUUUUUUUUUUUUAGUUUAAGUCCAGACCUAAAUUUGGGCCCACUUUGGGUAGCGCAUGCACAGCAUCUAUUGGACCUAAACAACUAAUUGGGUGUCUGAGGCAAUGCUUUGUACAUAACCUAUGUGCCUGUUAUGGUUAAGAACCUUUUUAUUUUAACAAACAAAAAAUCCACAAGCCUUUCUCCACUAAAAUACUUGUGUGUAUCAGAUCCCCUAGGCAGUGAAGGUGUUUAAAAACUGUUUGGUUUUUACAUUUUUUUUAUUUAUUUAUCUUUUGUGUUUUAUUAAGCUGUAUGUGUGAAACUACACUUCCAGGCAAAUACAUCUUCACACCUCCUUUGCCUACUACACUUUGCUUUUUCUUUACUUGUUACGAGUCACCCAUCAUCCCAUUACUGCCCCCAGAACUUUAUUACAGCCAUUUACAAGCAGAGUUCAAACACCUGUGAAACAACUGCUUUUUUUUUUAAUUUUUUUUUUUUUAGGGGCUUUUAACUCUGAACUUUUUUUUGCUUUGCAAGAAAAAACAAACUUUAAAUCCCUGUAUAUAAACUUGUUUAACUUUCUAUUUGCAUGUUGGAUCCAAGAAGUCUUUUUUUAAAUACACCCUUUUAUAAGUUUGCCCCAUUGUUAUAAGGCACUUACUCUAGUGUGUGUGUUUUACCACUUUGUCAAGGAAAUGGACAAAUCCAUUCUCAGUCUUAUCUGUCAAUAGAGGCACGAAGCAUGCCAUGUUAAUAGGUUUUCUGCCCACGCUAAUUCCAUACAAAAGAUGUAUUGUUUAGUGUGUAACGUUUAUUCAGCACUAAAGUACAACUUGAAGAUUGAAUUCCCUGCAGUAGUGACUGUCCAAUAGCGUUUACGUCGCUGUAGUGCUUAUGGUCAUGUCCUAUUGUGUUUUAUAUCCCACCUCCCAUAGACUGUAAGCUACUCUUCAACCUAUCUUUCCUAUAAGUUUACUUGUCCUAUUUAUAGUUCAAUCCCUCCCCCACUUUAUAAUAUUGUAAAGCGCUAUGGAAUCUGUUGGCGCUAUAUAAUUGACGAUAAUGGUGCAUGGAAUGCUGCUUCAGGAGAUAUGCCUACUGCAAAGAGCUACUUUUUGUCAUGUGACAGCUGUCAGGAGAUUUUUGCAGUAGAUGCCUGUGGCAAAGUUUUGGGCAUGUGUGAAAAAGAUUUGUGAAAGAUACAUUCUCUAUAGCCCCUCAGUUUGCACUGACACAUUGGUGUUGUGUACAGGUGACGUGAUUCCUGAAGAGAGGAAACAAAGUGAGGGAAUGUAUUGAUCUUAUUUGCUAAGGUGUUCCAAAAAUUAAGAGCCCCUAGAAAACUUGUUUUGUUUUUGUUUUUUGUUGGGGGGGAGGGAGUUUCUAUCUAGCUACCACCAUAUAUCCUACUUAAAUUUUUCUUAAAUCCUGUGAGUGAAUUGCUGAUCUGUAAACACUUUCACACUCAGAAAAUAACUUUUUUGUUUUUAAAGCCUUUUCUUUGAGUUUCUUGUAACCUAGAAAGGGGGCAUGGGUGCUCAGAAAGCAGAAUUCUCGCCCCUGUGUCAACCUGUUUUCUCUGAAUACAUUCACAUUCCUUGCAUUCUGCCGAUGGGGGUUGGUUCUGUUUUCUCCCUGACUGUCAAUAACCAAAUUCUUCCGUGCUUCAUCAAAUGCCGCUUUAGGCAAGGCAGCUUGGGGUGCGGGGAAACGCUAUAUAAAUUUGUGAACUGCGUGUAAAAUUAGGUAUAAUCCACUGAUUAUUCCAACUGCUCAAGUAAUGUCCAAAAGCAUUGUAUGAAUAAACAGAUUUAUACGAUUUAUAGAAAAAUGCAUUCUUUAUUUCUUUUUUUUUUUUUUUUUUUUUAAGCCCUCUGGGUUGGGGGCCCUCUGGUUUUAGCACUCACUGACUUAUUAAUGCACACAUUUAACUAUAUUGGCACUUGGCUGUAAACCAACCUAAAUACUUGACACUGUAGAAAGUUGCCCCCAUUCAUAUUUGAAAGACACAUAUCCUUCAGGUGUCUACAAUUGUAAUACAUUAUAUAGGUCAGGGAUGCCUUAAAGGACCACUCUAGGCACCCAGACCACUUCAGCUUAAUGAAGUGGUCUGGGUGCCAGAAGUAAAUGCUUUCCUAUGCGACGGGCUGAAUGCGCGCGCAGCUCUUGCCGCGCGUGCGCAUUCAGCCGGCAGGGAGGAUCGGAGGCGGAGAGGAGGAGGAGAGCUCUCCGCCCAGCGCUGGAAAAAGGUAAGUUAUUACCCCUUUCCCCCUUCCAGAACCGGGCGGGAGGGGGUCCCUGAGGGUGGGGGCACCCUCAGGGCACUAUAGUGCCAGGAAAACGAGUGUUUUCCUGGCACUAUAGUGGUCCUUUAAAGGUAGAUCCUGACAUAUUGAAUAACUUUCACUCCCAUGAUGCUUUGCCAGCCUUUAAAUUGGCUAAGCAGCAUGGAAGGUGUAAUAUAGAAAUAUAUAUCUCCUACAUUUGAAAUUCCUGCACUUGCUGUGUAUGCCCAGGAUUUAUAUCGUCUGCAGUGAGCUCUGUCCAUACCAGGACAUGGCUUUUCCAAUCUGGGUGCAAUUUUUCCAAUAAGACCUGGACAUGAGCCCUAAGAGUUUAGAACCUGUAGUUCUGCCCUUGGCCGUUGUCAUUGAUCCUCUAUGAUGAAUGGAAGCCUAAGCUUAUGGCAAGUUCUGUAUAUACUUGGACUUGCUGUAAUCUGUAAUAAGCCUUCUUCAUAUGUCAACAUCUUCUGUGGGAUGUAGAAGACAUGGAAAAAUUGAUAACACACGUGGUUGUGUGUUUAAUUUUUAUUUUUUUUAUUCCACUUACAAAAAUAAGAUUUUAAAAAUCACUGAAUUAACUCUUAUGCAUUAAUACCUAUGCAAGGAGCAUAAGUCAUGGUGCGUGGAGUGCCCUUCUAGCCACGAGCGUAACAGAUACUUUUUAAGGAAAAACACAUAUGCUAUUUUUGGGGACAGAGGGCUGAAUGAUGAAUGAUCACCAUGGACAACAUUGAAGAUUUGACAUCCAAAGCAGCACCUGUUUUUCCUUGAUAAAUAAUGUCUAGCAUGGAAUAGUAUUAUGAUUUCUUUGAUGGUAGUACAUUAUGUUUUAAUGACUAAAUUACUAGCCAGCAGCAGAAGAGAUCUGCCCCCCCAACCCCAUUGUGUUUUUUUGUUUUUUUAGGUCCAUGUUUGUGUUAUUACUGUCUUGUACUGGUGUACUUUAUUUGCAAUAAAAAUAUAAUUUGCUAAUUCUUUAAAGUGCUGUGACUUAUGUCACUCACCUAGAAUGCAGCGUGACUGUGUGCAAAUCAGCAAACUGUAAUUUUCCCUUUUCCAAUUUUUUAAAAUGGUUUUUAAAUUUAUUUAUUUUUUCUACCCUAUUAUAGAACUCACUUGGCAAUGGUGAUGACCAAAAGGUCAGGUCCUCGUAAUGGUGCUGUGCUAUGUGACUUAUAAAUAGUUAAUGAUGACAAGUGUGGUACUUGUUGCAGUGACUGGCAGAUUUGUGUUGCUGUGUAUGCAGUUAUGUUGCUACUGGCCUGCAUACUUUGCCUUUUGGUUAUCUACAAGAUUAAUUUAACAUGCUUUGUCUCCCCUCCCUUGGCUUGAGGCUUCACAGACCCAAGUGAAAGGGGCAGGGAGUUUGGCUGGUCUUGGCUUAAUCCAUCACACUGCAUACUCCUUAAAAUGACUGAGAAAACAUGCGUAACUUGUGAAGCCACAUUCUUGGCUUUUUUUUUAUUUUUAUGAUGGGUAGUCAUAGCAUCAAAAACCCUGCAUAAAGGGGGGUGCGGAGGGUUAUCUUUAAACUUUAAAGGGUUACCCUAAGCUUCAUAACUAUUACAGCCUGCUGUGGUGGUUCAAAUGCAAGCAAUGCCCUGGCUCCUCUUCCCUGUAAUGGGGAAAACCAUUUGGCCACAAUUUUCCCUCUUAAGAGAUAUUGGUCAUUCAUUGAGAGAAUCUGCCUAAUAACACGCUGUGAUCAGAAUUCAAAAUGGCUAGCCCAGACCUUUUGUGCUAGGCUGGCUAGUGACGCUGCCAGAGAUGGCGGUACACUAACCAUGGCAAUAAAUAUAGCAUUUCUUACCGAAACCUUCCAAAUACUCAAAUCACAAUGACCACUUCAACUCAUGCUGGCAUAUGUAAAAUUUAGACACUCCUGUCACCAUAACAACUUAAUGCAAAUUAAGUUAUGGUGCUUGGAGGCUCCUGGGUGCCCUUACCUUAAGGGGCUUAACCCCUUAAGGACACACGACAUGUCAUGAUUCCAUUUUAUUCCAGAAGCUUGGUCCUUAAGGGGUUAAAGGAACACUAUAGUCCCCUAAAUUACUUUAGCUAAAUAAAGCAGUUUUAGUGUAUAGAUUAUUCCCCUGCAAUUUCACUGCUCAAUUCACUGUCAUUUAGGAGUUAAAUCACUUUGUUUCUGUUUAUGCAGCCCUAGCCACACCUCCCCUGGCUAUGAUUGACAGAGCCUGCAUGAAAAAAAAAACUGGUUUCACUUUCAAACAAAUGUAAUUUACAUUAAAUAAUUGUAUCUCAAUCUCUAAAUUGAACUUUAAUCACAUACAGGAGGCUCUUGCAGGGUCUAGCAAGCUAUUAACAUAGCAGGGGAUAAGAAAAUCUUAAUUAAACAGAACUUGCAAUAAAGAAAGCCUAAAUAGGGCUCUCUUUACAGGAAGUGUUUAUGGAAGGCUGUGCAAGUCACAUGCAGGGAGGUGUGACUAGGGUUCAUAAACAAAGGGAUUUAACUCCUAAAUGGCAGAAGAUUGAGCAGUGAGGCUGCAGGGGCAUGUUCUAUACACCAAAACUGCUUCAUUAAGCUAAAUUUGUUCAGGUGACUAGUGUCCCUUUAAUUGUUCUUGGAUGGUGUAAUGUCAAAGGUUACCUCCAACACUGGUGUCCAGCCUUGAAUGGGUGAGCUACUGACUGGUUUAGAACGGCAGCUGACCGCUCAUAUCCAGGGGGCCUUCUGGCACCAUAACUUAAUUUAUUUUUUUUGUGUGUUCUUACAUUGUAAUGUUAAUUUACAGGCUGUUUAGGUAUAUAUUUUAUUUUUAUUUAAAGCUCGCUUUUUGCAGUAACCUUCCUUAUUGUUCCCUAUUACUUUAAACUACAGUCUAUUGAAACUGUAGCCCAUCUGAAGUGUGAGCGUAUAAUGGCCUAUAGUAUUAAGCUGAUGUUGGCAUUAUUCUUAAAGCUGGAAAUCGAGAACCUGUGUAUUCCUGGGGGAAGAUGGAAUCCUGCCCAUCUUUCUUCCUCACCUCCCGCCCGCAGCUUCCCUGUCAGUGAGUCUCAUCUGAUGUUAUGCUAAGGUUACAUUGCAUAAUUUACUCUUUAGUACAUUUACUUAUAAUGCCAAAGCAGUCUUUGUCAGAUCCAUUGUGUGCUAAUGGGUUGUGAAUGGUUUGUAGGUCUAGUGAGGCUGUUCAUCCCUUCUAGAAUAGAAAGCAAAGAACCGGAGUGUCCAAUUAUAUAGUCCUUUCAGUUUACAGCCUAUAAUUCUUUCACAUUGAAAAGUCCAUUAUCCAGAUUCAUAUGCACGCAUCUGUGUGAUUUCUUUAUUUAAUACUUAGCAGAUAUAAUUUAUGCUAACUUGUUCUCUAUCCUGGUUAUUUCAAACAUUGGUACUUUAUUUUAUUUAUAUUUUCUUCUGAACUUUUCUGCAGAACUUAAGGGUAGGAUUUAAAAUGCAUCUGAACUAUACUCGUUUAUAUUCUAUAAUUUUAUAGCCUUGCAAUAGAUGCACAUUCUUGGGAGGGGGUGUCGUCUAUAAAAUGUGCUAUGUAAAAUGGGUGUUUUGAAAUUUUUAUAGUGUAGUCUUGUAAGUUGUGGGUUUUUAAAAUUUUCUUAAAGGACCGCUCUAGGCACCCAGACCACUUCAGCUUAAAGGGACACCGUAGGCACUGUAUCUGCUUCAUCUCAUUAAACUGGUUAUAAUAUAAGGCGUCCCCUGGUGCCAUCAUUUCUUUCAGCACUAAACCGUUUUUAAUGUUGUAAUGUUUUAAUGCUAAACAAGAGACCCCGGCAGUCCAUCCCCUCUGUGCUGCUUUGGCUAAUAAGGAAGUAUUACCCUGAGCGGCAAUGGGCAGCUGUGAUUGGCUGAGAGUGUCAGCUUACUGCUUUUAACCUGUCAGAGCUCCAACUGACUGCAUGAAUGGGUAUGACAACAAGGAAGUGUGUAAUCUCUGCCUUAGCUACACAUACAGAAGGGGCCGGACUGUGGGUGGCCAGGGACUCUUAUUUUGUGGCAUACUGCACAAACAUAGUGCAACACUGAAUGGAGGGACAGUGCCAGGACACUCCAGGCACUAUAACCAAUUCAAAGAGACAAAGUGGUUAUAGUGACUACAGUGUCCCUUUAAUGAAGUGGUCUGGGUGCUUGGUCCAGCUAGGGUUAACUUAAAAAAAAAAAAAAAAAAACUAUUUAUAAAUGGGUUAAUCCAGCCUCUAAAGCCUCUAGUGGCUGUCUCAUUGACAGCCGCUAGAGGCGUUUGCGUGCUUCUCAUUAUGAAUGCUUUCCUAUGAGACUGGCUGAAUGUGCGUGCAGCUCCUGCCGCGCAUGCACAUUCAGCCAAAGAGGAGGAGUGCUCCCCACCCGGCGGUAAGAUUUAACCCUUUCCUCGCCAUCCAGCCCGGCGGGAGGGGGUCCCUAGUGCCAGGAAAACUAGUGUUUUCCUGGCACUAUAGUGGUCCUUUAACUGCGAGAGGACUGACCACUCCUUUCACCAUUCAUGCCCAACCACCUGCUAUAAAGGGGUCAACUCAUGCUCACCUUGCAAUUCCCAGACAUAAACGCAUUCUCAAAACCUGAGCCGGCGUGUUGCGUUUGUGCAUCAAUGGUGGGUGUCUUGGGCUGCGUGUACCCAGCAGGGACAUUUCGCUAGCCGGUACACAGCACUAGGAAAGCCAAUCUUGCUAGCCCUAAGGUCUUUAUUUUGGGCUGGCAGAUUGACAGAAGCCAGAGAUGGGAGAUGCACCCAAUGCAAACUAGUAGAAUAUCUCCUUAUUGGUAUUUCAAGAAUGAACCCUGUUAGGGACCUUAAUCCUUUGAGUUCCAUGUAGAAGAAAUUUGUGUAUGGUGCCUAGGUCUAGCAUACUGUAGUCCAAGAAUGUUCAUUCCAAAAAUGGAGUUGGGGCUUUGCAAAGGCAGGGAAAAUGGUACUCUUCUAGUAAGUCUAUUUUAUUUAAUUUUUUUAAAUUGGUCCCUUCAACAUCCAAUAUAAAGUAUGGUUUGUUUUGUUCUUCCCCCGAGGGCUGAGAAUGACUUUUCAAAUUUCUUUUAAUUUACAUUUUGGUUUUUUUUUAGUGGCUUUCGAUGUGAUGAAUUGAAGGGGGGGAAUGCCUUACCCAAAUAUUACAGCGAUCUUUGUGUUCACUGAGUCAUUCAGUUAUAGCUCUUUCAGCACACUGCAUUGUCUUGUCUUGGCAUACAAAGCCUAAAAGGAUUUUGUUCCCCAGUCCCUGGGCUACACAUACAAAAGUAAUCUCUGCGUACUGCCUCUUGUACUUGUUGGUUGUAUAACCAAUUGCUCAGGAAUCGAAGUGCUGACUCUUAACUCCUGCCACAGGCCUGGCUUGCAAGUACACUGGUAGAAUUGUUCGCAGCACACUUCAGCAGGACAUAAUACGUUGCCAUUUCUUUUCAAGAUUGCGCAUGACAUUGUGUUCAUUCUUUCACUUCAUUGCUACAUUUCUCUAUGGUGGGAAUACCCAAUUUGUGCUUGACCUGAGGUGUUUUCAGGGAAUGCAUUCUGUUGCUCUACUUGAGAUCUUUUUAGAAAGCAUGCUACUUCCUUCGAUGCAGUGGAUGCUUUUUAUUCUUGUGGCUUUAAAAGUGUAUGUGAGAGAAGGAGCAAUCAUUAGUUCUCUAAACAUAUUUAUCGGGCAGUGUUAAUGAUUAAUAAUUUAUUCCUAUGUGCAUAUCAAGGGAUCUCUCUCCUUUCAACAGCUCUCUAUCUGGUCCACAGAAGACUUCUAAGUAAGGAUGUCAUUUUUUUUUUUUUUUUAAUCACCUCCGCUAUUUGCAUGACAGUUGUUUGACUUGUACUGCUGCAGCUUCAAGUGCUUUACAUAAGCAAAUUUAGCACCUUUUCCUUUCCAUUAGACCCUUUUCACUAUUCAAAAGGGUGUUUAAUCCAGAGAAUCAGCCCCCCAUCUCCUUAAAGGACCACUAUAGUGCCCCCACCCUCAGGGUCCCCCUCCCAUGGCGAGGAAGGGGGUUAAACACCUUUCUCUGGCGCUGGGUACUCUCCUCCUCUGGACGUCAUCGGCUGAAUGCACGGCAAGAGCCGCGCGUGCAUUCAGCCGGUCCAUAGGAAAGCAUUCUCAAUGGUUUCCUAAGGACGCUGGCGUCUUCUCACUGUGAAAAUCACAGUAGGAAGUGCCUCUAGCAGCUGUCAAUGAGACAGCCACUAGAGGUUGGAUUAACCCUAAUGUAAACAUAGCAGUUUCCCUGAAACUGCUAUGUUUACAGCAGGCAGGGUUAACCCUAGGUGGACCUGACACCCAGACCACUUCAUUAAGUUGAAGUGGUCUGGGUGCUUAUAGUGGUCCUUUAAGAAUAAACAUUGGCAUAUUUAAACCUUUAAGAAGGGUAGAUGGAGAAUAAGUCUUAACCCCUUAAGGACCAAACUUCUGGAAUAAAAGGAAAUCAUGACAUGUCAUGUGUCCUUAAGGGGUUAAAGGAUUAACACUCUUAUGUAGCAGCUUUAAUGCGACGCAUUUAAUAGACAUAAUGCUAUGGUGAAAAAAACACCAUUUAGGUGACUUGUCCCCGUCAGAAUGGGUUAAAACUCUCCUUAUUUUCAGCUCUCCAUGAGUCUGCUGGCUCUAACCCCGCCCCCUUGGUGACAUAAUCAGAAUGGUCAAUUGUAGCCAAUCCAAUGCUUUCCCAUGGGGAAAGCAUUGGAUUGGCUAAAAUUGGCAAGGGGCAGGGCCAACACAAUUUAGGCCAAUCAGCACCUCCUCAUGGAGAUGCACGGCUGCUUACCGUGCAGCACUGAGCCAGGAAGCCCCUCCAGUGGAAAUCUAAAGAGUGGCCACUUGGAGGUGUCCCUAGAGGCCAUGUAAACACUGCUUUUUCUCUGAAAAGGCAGUGUUUGCAUGAAAAAAAGCUGUAGUUCUGGUGACUAUAUUGUCCCUUUUAAUCAAGCUGUGGAGCUUUAUGGUUGUGGAGUGGUCUUUAAAGAUACUAGAGCCAAAUUUAAAUAAAUAAAUAAAAUAUAUAUAAAAUUUUUUUUUUAUUUUUAUAACAUGCAUAAUGGCAAUUUCCAGAAUUGACAUUCAGUGUAUAUAAGCAUUGUGUGCUACUGAGUGCAUUGCGUAUAUCCACGAACUCCUAUAGUUGGUGUUUUAUUAAAAAAAAUUAAUUAAUUAAAAGCGAUCUGCAGACAUUUGCUACAAAAGCUAUCUUUAAUCUAGGAACGUUCAGUCCUAUGCAAACAUGUGAUAUUGCACCUGAAGUACAGGCUGCUACUCUUGGCCCUUAUUGUCGAAGGGGGCACUGGAAAUCCGUUCCGUAAUCUGGUUGCAGUUUUGAGCCACUUGACAUACAGGCUGUAUUCAAAUAAAGGUUUCUAAUCUGGAAAAGAACAUGUUCACAAAAUGGAAGCCAACACAAGGCAGACUUCCUGUAAUAAAGUUGAAAUCGCCUUAAAGUGGUGCUUUGUCUGUAUUUCUCCUCCGUCUGACUCUGGCCGGAAUCUAAAUGUCAAUCCUGACCGCAGUCGCCAGUGACUGCUGCAGGAAAUUGACGGUCUAUGGAGGGUAUCGCAGAAUCCUCCAUAGACCUCGGUGCUGUACUCUUGUGUAAUCUGCAUUAAGAUGGACGCACCCAUGAGGGAAAGGUUCUAAAAAAACAAAUCUCACAUUGGCCAUUGGGCUCCCACCAGUAAUGUCAGUCGGGAGGGGCUAUCCCCAGAUAGUGUCAGUGCUGCUUUAAAGAGGCACAUAUACCCCUAAAGUGCUUUAGCUUGCUGAAGUGUUUCCUAUUUUUAUUUUAUUUAUUCCCCAUUUUGCAGAAAGUGCAGACUUUGAUAGAUUAGCCUGGUUGCACUCCUCUAGUGGUCAGAACAGGUACUGAGUGACUGUUACUUGUUGUGGAGCUAAAACCAAGAGGCAACAAUUGUCCAGAACCACCUACAUUGGGAAGUCUGAGAGGUUAGAAGGGGAGGCUUGCAAAGACUUCAGACGAGAGAACUACAGGUUUUGCAAGCUUUAUUUAGAAACAAAAUUCAUAAUUAAAUGCAUGCAUGUGUUCAUUGGGAGUGUAUACACCAAACUCAUUUUUAUUGAUUUGGGAAGGGGAGUGUCCCUUUAAGUUUGGUGACUUGCACCCCCACAAAUGUAUUUUCUGAUUCAUUCAGCUGGCCUUGUUAUACUUGAGAAACAUUGCCUAGGGAAUGUAUCUAAUCUGUCCAGGAUGCCAAAUGGAAAGCUGCUGAAUAUAUUGAUAUGUGUGCAUGAAUCAGUUAUAGGUCUCUUGGCUCCAUGCUCUUGGAAAUGUUUGUGGGGAAAGAAGGUGGGAAAUUGAGUAAUUUUUAUAAACUAUUUUUAGUAUCUCUGUUGUGUAACAAACGAAAAUGUAAUUCUACUUCCUUGAUGGGUGUCUAUCAAUCUGGCUGCCAGUUUCCCUAUGUUAAGGGGAAGCUAUAGUGCUAGGAAUACAAAGCACAAUAGUGCCCCCUAGGCACAUAAAGGGUUCUGUCACUUACCUGAACCAAUGUCCCUCUGCACUGGGUCAGAUUCCCAGCCCCCCCCAUAUGUCUGGCCCUAAUGCACAUGGCUGCAAUUGCCAUGCUCACGUUAGCACUACCCAACAAGCAAGCAUGGGAUCAUUGCUUCCCUAUGGGGUUUUAUCCUCAUGCAGAGCUUGAAUAGAGCCAAAGUGGUCUCCCUGCCUAGUGUCCCUUUAAAGCUGCUACCAGCUAACUUGACUAGGAGUGCCAGGUCCUUUUUUUUUUUUUUUUUCAUUGCAUAGAUUCCGUAUUACACCAAGCUUAAUUUAUCGUAGGGGGAAAAUGUCAUGUCACCAUCUUGAGAAGUGGCUGCAUGUUCAACUGGACUAUUUUCUCUUACACCAACCAUGUUCUCCUAGGACCUCCAUAAUGAACCUAGAAAUAUCUCAACUUGUCUCUAUGCAUCUCAUGUGGCUUAAAGGGACACUAUAGUCACCAUAACUACAGCUUAUUGUAUUUGUUCUGAUGGGCAUAUUCAGUCCCUGCAAUUUACAAGAGACUUUUGCACUCUUAAGACAAGUUGGUAUAUAAAUAGUGUGCACUUUUAAGGGCCUCUCAGUGUGAAAAAAUGAAUGUGCACGACUUGAUAUUCUUUACACUAUAUUUUCUUUAAUGUAUGGAUUCAACUUAUUAAAAAGGUAAACAAAUACACCUUCUGCGUACUUCAUCGUGACACUUGCCAUAUCAUGAGCAGGCCUGCUUUUUGUAUGGGAUCCAUAGUGAGUUAGGGUUGCCAUGUUGUAUGUUGAGCUAUGUGGCUAUAAAUUCAUAUACAAUUUAGCAAAGGAGCUGCUUCCAACCAAUGACCCUUCCUGCCCUCUUUAUUUGGACCACAUUCCGUCAGCUUCCCUGCUCUGACUCCCAAAUGUGUUAUUCACCCCCUGGCGUCUCAAGGUCAGAACCCAAUUUUUCCAACUUUGCAGUCUUAUGCAGUCCGUACCGAUACCGCAACUCUGGGACAAUCUAAAGUAGUCUUUCAUCGUACUUACAGCUAAACCUGAUGUUUGAUUACAAAGCAGUCUCUAGAAAGUCCUUGGAAUUCGUGAGCUGCUUAUCUCUGUUUCUGUGAGCUUAAUGAAUCCUGCUCGACUUGAACUAUACUCCCCGAGCCCUGAAAAUGUAACCCGCUUCCUUCUAGUGUCAGCCAUAAUGUAUUGUGGGAUGCCUAAUGCACUGAAAGGAUAUUCCCACUGAAUUGGGUCUGAAAUUCCAUUAGUCUUUUUAUCUUGACAGAUUGCUGUUAAUUUAUAAAAUGGCAAGCCUGUUUAGUAUUGCGUAACAGGACUAGCCUCUGUGUGAUAACUAAUUUAAACAUAGAGCCUAUUAAAAUCUAACCUGGGUAGAAUUUUGUGUGUAAAUUUUUUUUUUUGUUUUUUGUUUUUUUUCACUACCUUCUUGUAACAUAAAAUAAAACAGAGCUUUAUAGAAUGUGAUUAGGUAUGAGUCUUUGUUAAUGAGAGGUCGUUAAUUGUAAAGGGAAAACUCAAAGCACCAUAACCACUAUAGCCUGCUGUUUAUGGUGCCAGUUGGGCAGACACCCACCAUUGUAAGUAGUCAGUUUUCAGAAUGGCUUGACUUCUUGCUGGGUGUCACUCACUCCCAGCCUCCACUACCCCUUGGUGAGCGACCGAAUCUGUCAAGACUGAGCAAAGCCUGGUGCUGCAGAGCUUGGCUGUAGUGGUUAUGGUGCUUGUAGUUGAGUGUAUUGGCCAUUGUUUCAUUGUAAAACGCUUAUUUGGUUGUUGUGUCGACAUUUGUAUUAAAAUCAGUCUAUUUUUAGAUCUAUACUGAGCAAUCAUCCAUAUAUUUUUGUUCAUUGUCAUCCUCGAGACUCCACUGUUAGGCUCAUUUUGUCCUCAUUAAAGAAAUAAUUUCAACACAAGACAACCUAAUCUGAAUUACCUUGACAUCUCUUGUUCUUAAUUAUGCUACACAACCAGGUUAUCAUCUGACUUUUCCCAGUCUCCCCAAAACUCUAAUUUGUAUUCACUAAACCAUUCUCCUGUUGUGGGGCUGACUUUUUUUCUUCUACAGCGAGCGUACCUGACAGCUCAAACAAUAUUUCUCCUCCAUUGCAAGGACUAAACUAGAUUGGGAGGGGGGAAAUGGCAAAAUAUCAAUGGUAGAUUUAAUAGAAAUGGUGAAUCCUUUCUAAUAACACAGUCCUACAGAAGUCCACCUGAAAGCAAUGGAUUUGUAAUUUCAUAGGUUAUGUUUUUACUCCACUGAAAUACAAAGUGGCUGACGCGUAAGGUUUCUUUUUGUAUCAAACGUUUAAGGAGUUUUAUCCACAAACCUCUUGCAGACCAAGCCUUCUGACUAAAUUUUGUCUCUGGAACAUUUUAAAAACCUACUUCUAAAGGAGUUUGAAUGUUCAGUUGAAUUGUGUGAGUAACUUGGUGUUCAGUGGCUGUUUUUGUGUUCAUGUGAAAAGUGAAGCUGAGAAGGUAUUUAUAUCUGGUCGGCUGUCUAAUUUAGUGGUAAUCAUUUGUGUGACUAACAAGCAAGUUUGCUCGUAUCUCAGUAAUUGUGUGGCACGUGAGUCAGGGCGGUCAGAAUUUGCUUUAACCAAAGACUCUAAUAGCAAAUGGAUUUGACAAGACUGAAGAGAAAUUCCUUGCCCUGCAGAAAGAAAGCUUUUUAUGUGUCUCCAGUUAGUCUGAUUCUGUUACUGAAAAUGAAAUCUUAAAAGGGCAUUUAACUGCUUAAUGCUAAACUAUAAUCUUGUACAGCAGAGCACAUUUACAGCAGCAUGACUCCAUAGGUGAAUAGUGCCAAUGUUUUACCGUAGGGAUUUUGUAGUCCACUAUAGAAAUAAACACUUGCAGUACCAUAACCACUACAGCUUGCUGUUAUGGUGGCCAUACAUGGAUCAGAAGCUGCAUUAAUGAUGGCGCUUGGAGUGCUCCUUUUUAAAGUUGUAACUGGCUGAAAAUACAAUCAGCCAUGCACAAUGCAUUUUUGUUUUACCUACUUGUUUGUUUAAAGGCUCUAUCGUCCCCAAAACAACUUAAGCUUUAUGACGCCGAUAUCGUGUAUGGAUCAUGCCUUUAAAGUUUCACUGCUCCAUUCAGGGGCACGAUCUAUACAACAAAACUACUUCAUUAAGCUACAGUUGUUUUGUUGACCCUAGUGUCCCUUUAACAUUACAUUUCAACGUUACUAUCUUAAUUGAUUUUGAUCCGAAAAAGUAUUGAAGGGUUAUUCACUGAGGUGAGAAUUGUUGGGUCUUAAAGUUGAAAAGCACUUUGAAUUCUCAAGUAGCUGGUCUGGAAACAAAACGGACUUGUAGUUUUUAUUUUUUUUCCCCUAGUUUUGCCUUAAAUUUGAAAAUCCUUAAAUUUUUUUUUUUGUGCUUCUCCUCAUAUGACACAUGUGCACAAAGCCUGCGCAGUAAUAUUUAGGUGAAUUCUCAUUUGAAGAGAUGUGACCUUUUGUGCUCCUAAAAUCUGUCCAAGAUUUUAAAAAUUCAUUCAUUCUUAUUAAAGUGCUACUCUGCUCCAGUCCUACACUUUCUUGCUCUAAAAUGAACACAAAUAAUUGAAAAUUUUAAUAAUGCUUUUUAAUUGGCCACUAAACUAUUUGCAUUUAUUUUUUCCCCCUCAAUUUUAACUGGUUGCGACAAUAACUGUUGCUGUAAAUCACUGUGAAAUGCCUCUGUUUAUAUGUAUAAAAACCAUGUCAACAUGUGAUCAAAGUCCCGAAAACUGUCAGCCUUGAAACCCCCAAGGAAGUUUUACACCCCUUGAUCUAAGCCUCCAAUUUAUAACAACUUUUAGUUAAGGAAUGAGGCUUUCUUUGAGCUCUAAGGUUUUCCUACAGUAUUGCUACUUGCAGAGACUUGUUUUUUAAGGAUGGUGUAAUGUGGAUACAAUGGCCUGAAGUGUAUAGUGUAAAUCAUCUCUUUUGAAAUGCAUACAUUUCUUUAAUGCAAGCCAGUGUCUUCUCCCAAAGACUGAGCAUUCCUGCUGUGAGUCACUGAUAUAGAGCAACGCAUAUUCAUAUUGACCCAUUUCAGCCCUGGGCUUGGUCAGGAGUGAUGCUUCUCACAUUGCCCAAGCAGGCAGCAUUACGCCAAAUCCUGCCUGCUUUUUAUCUGUGAAUCUUUGUUACCACACCAACAGAACGAUUACUAACACUUGUUUUAUAAUUGUAAUGGAUCAUUUAGCCCCCAUGAAAGAUUAUGUGCUUCUUAAUUUUAGUCUCCUUAACCCUUUAAGGACACAUGACAUGUGUGACAUGUCAUGAUUCCCUUUUAUUCCAGAAGUUUGGUCCUUAAGGGGUUAAAGGGACACUCCAAACCCCUAUAGCACUUUAGCUUGCCCGAAAAGCUUUGUGUGUGUGUGUGUUUUUAUUUAAAAAAAAAAAAAAAAAAAAAUACUGGUUACACAGCAGACUAUUUUUACUCCUGUUACUUCCUGGUUUGGUUGGCUUAUUUUCACUGAACUCUACAGACUGCAAUCUUCCUGAGUACCUGACUUGCAAAGGCUGCAGGCAAGAGAACUGCUUUUAGAUCUUCCCUGAUGGGAAAAAAAAUACAUAAUUGCAUGAAUGUUUUCAUUUGGCGUAUCUACUAAACAAUGACUUUAUUUAUUUUGGGCAGUUGAGUUGUCCCUACCAGCACAUACCUGCAGUGUAUCUAAAUACAUUUGACGUGGUGCUGCAGCAACUACACAGAGAUGGAAUCACAAUUGGGAUUUUUCUUGCUCAGGAUAGUACAUUCAAAAGGAAUCAGAUUAACUCCAAUUAAUCUAUGACCUUUAGACAACUCUGAAACUCGUUUUGUGAAUGAUUGAAUUCUGAGUUUAUUAAAAUUUUUGCAGUUUUUAUUUGUAUUGGAAUCUAGACCAACUUCUUCUAAGUUAGUCAGGUAACUGAGAUGAACGCAGGAGUCAUUGUGCCAUGUGGUCUGCAGAGAAGGUCCCUCUUCUUUUGUGUUGAAGCAUCCUGCUUUAAGUCAAGAUUACAUUGUUUGGGAAAAGCUUUUCCUCAAUGUUCCCUGGUCGUUGACGUAAUUUCCAACUUGUGUGCAGGUUUCUUAGCUUGGCACCGUUGGCUGAGACUAAUUCUUUAUUUUUUUUUUUAUCUUCAUUAUGUAGAUGCAAUUUAAAAAAAAAAUAUUAAAAAUAAGACAUUUGUAGCUGCUAAAUUCUAAUCAAAUCCCUAUUUUGACAGUCUGUGAUCAUGGAUAGAUGGAUAGAUAUAGAGAUAUAUGUGUAAUGUAUAAUAUAAUUUUUGAGUUUCUCAUCCUGAGCAGGGCAUUGGUUUAUGGAAGCUAACAAACACUACAUGGACCGAACGGAUGGACUAAUAAAACUGAUGUGCAAAACCCUGCAAGAAAACUAGCGAGCAUGAAUAAUGCAUGUGUUAUGGGAUAUGUCUUGUAGUUCAUAUUUUAUAUGCUCUUAUUUAACAGCAGUUGUGUAAAAAGUAGGUUCUUUCACAGGUACCAUCCCUUUGCGAGUAGAGUGACUUCACCUUUAAAUGGCAAACCAUCUCUACAAGCCAGUGUCUGUCCUUUUUUUGCUUCCGAGCUCCACGAUGGAAAGUGGAUGUGUCAGUUAGUGCAUUAUUUAGCACUCUAGGAGAGCAUACCAGGCCACGUAAGAUAAUGGGUUUGACAAGCCGUCUCAUUCCCUGUAUGAGGAAAAGGCAUCAAAUCCCAGAACGGCAGUGUGUCCUGUCAUUGCAUUCAUUUAUUUUCACAGCUAUCCCGAGUGGCAGCUAGCGAAGUCUCAACAGUACACCUAUUAAAGGUCUAGCCAUGUGGGUGCAUUGUGGGUAAUAUGCAUAGGUCACCUGACUCUCAAAUGUAGUGUUCUUUAAUGAAAGUAUAGGCAAACUUGGCUUUGUCUUGCCAAAUAAAGGCGAGCAUUUAUUCAGUACAUCUACAAAUGGUUCAUAUGCAUUGUGUGCUAGCAAUGGUACAUAACUUUUUUUUUAACCAAUCGUUGUCGAGCUCUUUAAUGCUUUGCUUAUUAACGUUCUGGUAAAUGAUCAAUAUUUAUUUGACGUUUGCUAAAUUCAGAUGUCUUUUUAUGGCUUCCCGAUAUAUCUAUGUGAAUUUGCUUCAAUACCUUUUUUUUUUAAAUACAAUUCAUAUGGCAGAAUUGUCCAGUGUCUUGCACUUUGCCCAAUGGCACUUAACUGCCAAAUAUUUCACCAAUUCUGCCCACGUGGACAUUGAUAUGUUGCAGGACAAACUAGCAUCACAUUUUACCUUAAAUACACUUCCCUUCACAACAAAUAUGACUUUUUUGUUCUGUUUAGCUGUCUGCAUUCUGGUAAAUGUAAUGGAUGGAAGUAUGGCUGGGAAUGAUGGGUGUAUUUGACAGUGUGGGCAAGGGUUGGCUGUGCAACAGGCGUAUUAAAACUUUAGCAAGCGCAUGGUCUUAAUUGGCAGAAUAUUUUUCUAAAAAAAGCUUUCAUUUUUUUUGUUCCAUGAUAGUGCUCCUGGUAACGGCUGUAUUUUGCAGAUUUGUAUGUACUGGUACUGCUUCUAAAUGCACAUCACUGAACACCUAUGGAUCUAUACACUAAAGUGGGGGUUUUGCUAACAGACUGUUGCGUGUUCUCUUGAGUGAGCCAAAUGCAAACCUGGCUUCUAUUUAGGAAGCACAUUUUCUAAGACCUCCAGCAUCUUCAUAUAUAUAUGCUUUGACCCCCUAAGUGUUUACAUUAGAUAUUUGAGUGUCUCCUGUAACCUUGACAUAUGCAGUCCUGAUGCUGUAUGUUUGGAUCAUUGCAAUGACUCGCAGAGGAAUGUGUUUUUGUGGGAUGUGUGCAAACUUGUUACACACAUACAUAUAUAACUUUUUACUGUCCUGCAAGUUAAUAGCUUGUUCAGGGUAAAGUUUCUGACAUUUUAAGUCUUUUUUUAUUUAUUUAUUUUUUUUAUAUAUUUUUUUUUUUAACAAAUUUUCUUUGUGUGCAUCUCAGAAUAGUGUCAUUCCUAGUGUGAUCUGCUGUUGAAUUGCAGAAUAUGUGGGUUUUUGUUGUCUUGCUAAAUUGCAAUUCUUUAUAUAGCACCAACAUAUUCCACAGCGUUGUACAAUAGGUAAACAAGACCAACACUAAAUCAUAACAAAACACGGUUGACCUACUGGAACUGUAGGCUAGAUGAAAUUUACAAUAGUUAUAACCAUUUUGUUGCCCAACCUAAAUCUCUAAGGGGAUGUUCUGUUUUUUUUGGAAGGAUUCAUAGUGGCAUCUUAAGGCCAGGUUUGUUAUCCUGUGUCAGAGGAAGGAAUAGAUUUUAUUUAUUUGUCUUUUGUUAGUUGGGCAAUUUCGGUCUGUAAGGUUUGUUAGUACUAUCCACUUUACUCAUUGUUGACCGGAUUUUUAUUUAUUUAUCUCUCCCCGUUCCUCCCAUGAGACUUUGGCAUUUGUCUGUGGGAAGAGGUGACACAAUUUCCUCCCUUCCCCCACACAAUCACCAUGUUCUGGGUGAACCAGCUUGUCCGGCUCCCUCCCACUGCAAGUCCAGAGGAAGCCAUGUCUGUGACAGGCUGACAUUCCUCUUCAGGGUGUGUCUGGCUUUGUCUCUGCUUGUUUAAUUACGAUUGUUCACUCUUCUCACACUUUCUUUUUGCCUUUUUUUUUUUUUUGUUUGUUUGUUUGCAUUAUAAUGUUUCUAACACUCCAUGCCUUUAAUUCCGUACCGGAAAAUCUAAAGAUACAGUAUUUAAUGAAAAAUAGUUUUCUUUGUCUUGUUUAGGGAGGGGCUCGUUCUGUUUUGCCAGCCAAGGUAAGCUAGAUUGGCAUAAAGUAGGAAUGUUACGUCAUAGUAGUUGUCUAGCAAUGCUGAAGUCAUAUCUGUUAUGAUGGAAGUGAUACGAUUCGUUUAAAAUGGUUUCUGCUGCUUAGUUUAGGUUACAGCCUCGCCUCACUGUAGCAGCUGAAAAUCUGAUGGGGUUGCAGGAACUUGGAGUGGUGGUCUAUGCAUGUGUUGUUGACUUUGUUUGAAAGGGAUACUUUCUUAGCAGCAAGACCACUUUAGGAUGACAUUCCCAGUCUCCCUACACAUUUCCUGCAAACUAUGAUUCUUUUUAAUUUUCCUUUAUUGCACAGUUUGUGAAAGGAACACUGAGCGCUAGGAAUAAAUCUGUUCCGCACUGACGAGGGUUUUUCAGUCUUGUGAAAACUGUUGGACACGUUAAAAUGAACUUUAAUUCAAGGCAAAACUAGAUUAACUGAUAAAUACACAGUCAGCACUGUGUUGGGUUCUGUUGACUUAAAUUUGAAAAUCCUGACCAGUUCUAACUUUAAGUAACCAAUGUCCUCUUAAGAUCCAGUGUAAUGUGCAGUAUUCAGUAUGAUUCUGUUUUUUCUAUUAAUGGUUUGUUUUAUGUGUGUCAGUGGGCAUGAUCAGCACUUUGUGCCGUUUUAGUGUACGUUGGAACUUGGUAAUUACCUGGUUUUGUUCUAAUGGAUAUAUUGAUUAAAUCUGGUCUCGUAAUGUUCCCUAGGGACUGGUUUGAGAAUUUGCAAUGUAGAGCUUAUUAAAUUUUAUGGAAUCUUAUUUUGAGGUUCAUCUUACAGGGUUCGGCUUAUUUUAAUUUAAUUUUUUAUUUUUUUUUCCUACUCCCCAAUGAGUUUGUUUUUGCACACUUCUUGGAAUGUUGCUGAUUACAGGGCAAAGCCUAGACUAGUCAGUAGAAACCUCUCCUAGUUUGUUUUCAGCAUAAUCCACUGUAUUACACAUUACUGCAUUCAUCCAGGAUGGAGAAUUGUGUAUCGCACAAUGUGAAUGUCCAAGAUGUUUGCUUCAUUAAAAGCAUGAAUGCUAUAUGCCAGAGGUGCCCAAAAGGUAGAUCCCCAGAGGUUUUAAUUUAAAACUACAGCUUCCACGAUGCUUUGUCAUUCUAAAGACCUACAAAGCAUCAUGGGAGUUGUAGUUCUACAUUUGGGGUCUAGCUUUUGAGCACCCGUGCCUUAUGCUGUCAUGUGGCACAGCUAUGUGAACAGUCCCAUACAACCGCAGUAAAUUGUUUAUAAAUUGUCUUUGUGUCCCAGACUUAAAACAUCUAUGUCUGUAUAGAUGUGUUUUUGUGGUUUUUAUGGAAUUUUUUUAUUUUUGGUGGAAUGGUUUCGGAAAACAUUCUGUGCCAUAUUAUUAAAUGAACUCUUGAAAUAACACUUUAAUAAUGUUGCAAACCAGUUGGUAUGAUCCGCACGGAGUAAUGGUCUGGCUUUUAAAAUACAUAGAAUCAGUUUUUAAAGCACUUAUUCAAUAAACAUUGAACUUGCGCAAUUUUAUAUCAGCUGAGCAAAAUUUUUAAGAAAUAGUUGCUCUGGUUUAAAAAAACCUCCAGAUUGGCAAACGUAUUAUCCUGUGUUUUGCAAUGUGAUAUGCACUAGCGUUCAGAGGUUAGUGAAUAGCUGUGUUAAUGUCUGCAUUCCUGUGCGAAUUAGAACUACCGGUAUUCUGUCUUGCUAUAAAACAUUAUGUUGUCCUGUAGAAAGCUCAUAUAUAAAACGGGUGUGUAUAUAAGGCCAUUGAGACUCAAAUAAUAACUUUGAUGGUCUCUUCCCUUGCAGAAGAAGAAUGGAGAUGAUAGAAGUAGCAGAUCGGCCUAUUAAGGUCACUGAAUGGCAAAAAACGUACACUUAUGACUCUGGAAUAAACUCUGGAAUGAACACGUCGGCCCCAUCACUCAACGGAAAGACUUUACUGAUGGAGGAUGAUGGUAUGGGCUACCCUAACCAGUACACAGUGAAAACAACAACGUACACGCAGCAGCAGCAGCAGCAGCAAGUACCAAGUACGUAGCAUUAUUAAAGUACAAUAUGGCUUGAAUUGUUUUCUGUUGCCGUAACUGCUAAUGUUAGAACCAGGUGUUUGGAGUGGGGGCAAUGGCUUUAUACUUAUUUUUUUUAUUUUAUUUUUUUUUGUAAAAAAUAAAUAAAAUUUUCUACUGAUAUGACUGAAGGAGAUCCCUUUGUACAGCGAAGUCACUCUUUUGUGAGGCUGACUCAUAUUUGCUAAUCAGGAAAAAGGCUUUGCUGAAUUUUGCAAAAUUGCUGUCUCCUUCCUUCUACCUGUGCCAGUAUUUUGCCCCUGAAAACAUAAGGGAACCGGAAUUCUUGCUCUGGGGUAUUCCCAAUUCCCAUAUUCUGUAGACCUUCCAUGUCUCCCCCCAUUUUUUUUAAUUUUUUUUUUCUUCUUCUCUUUGGAACAUCAGGAGGUAGCAGAGAGUGCUUGCCAUACUGAUCCUGCUAGAUUUGCAAACUAUUGUUGGCUUAUUCAAGCAGCAGAUUUGGGCAGCACACAAUUCUAAGGGAAACUGUAGCGUUUCCAUCUCCUACAGCUGGCAACACUAACUGUAAUGUGGCAAUGAUUCUGUCCUUGGGUAAAGCAAAUAAAGGCUUUAUUGUUUGUGUGCUUGUCCACAGCAUAUUUAAGCAACCCCUUUAAAAGCUGUUACUGGCUUAAUCGCCAGUUACCAUGGUGCCAGAUCCUUAAUUUAUUUUGUGCCUUUUUAAAAUUCGUAUGUCUCCUAACUUCUGUCAUAAGAACGGACACGUUGGGUACAGGUAAAUGGUGCACUUUGGACAUUUCAAAGGUGCUUUCUGACUAAUUAAGCCAUAAUAGAAACUGGUUAAUUUCCUAUGAGAUGCUUAAAAAAAAAAUCCUUCGUCUAUCAAUCUCUAUUCGUGAGCAUGUGCUUAAUAGCAUUUAUUCCUAUUUGCAUUCCGCUUGCCAACUGUGUCAUGUCACCCAUUUCCUUUUUGUGCAAAUAAUCAAAUUAGGCUUGGUAAUUAGUGCUUCUGGUACUAAUUUCUAUGCUGCAGUUUGAUGUCAGUCUAUUACUGGCUUAUGAAUAGAUUAUCGUGAUUUGAUGAGCAUGACUGGAUGGGAACUUGUUUAGGAAGUCUGGACUGUUUUAAACGAGUAUAAUGCAAGAAGGUAAAUAUAGAGCUGGUCUUCUGUAAGUAGGUUACAGAUAGUGAUAUCGUUUUAUUUAUACUUCUGUAUCUAAAGUAAAAUAUUCCAGUAAUGUAGUACUAGGUUCCAUGUGAUAUUUUAGAUCUACUAGGUAAGGGUAGCCAAUGUGUAGUCAAUGAGGUAGGACUUGUGGCAUUAGGAGAUUGUCCUAUUCACAAACCAACCUGUCUUUCAAACCUAUAGGUAAACUAUUCUAAUAUGGGGAAUUUUAUCUAUAUCUCAGUGUGACUGUAUCAAUGUUAACUUAGAAUACAGUCCCAUGAAGUCAAUCAACACAUGACACUAUUUGCUAAACUUCCUUUUCAUCUUAUGCUGUUGGGUCCAGGAUUGUGUUUGUGUUUUUUUUUUUUUUGGUCUAACUAUUUAAUUUCAUUUUCUUUAUAUUCUUUUUUUUCCCCCAGGCUCCAGCAUGGAGACCCAGUUAAACAUGACACGUGCGCAGCGAGUUCGUGCAGCCAUGUAUCCAGAGACCGUAGAAGAUCAGUCCUACCUGCUAACCACUCAGAUUGAUGGGCAACAGACCAAUGUUCAGAAAUUAGCCGAGCCUUCUCAGAUGCUGAAAUCUGCCAUUGUACACCUGAUAAAUUACCAGGAUGAUGCUGAGCUGGCCACCCGUGCUAUUCCAGAGCUUACCAAGCUUCUCAAUGAUGAAGACCCGGUAUGGUCCUUAUUCACUUGGACACAUUUAUCUAAUUAUUGCAUACUCUUCAAAGUGGAAAAACUAUAGUAUAGUUAUAGUUAAAGUAUAAAACAAAAAAUCCAGUCGCUAACUUGUUUUUAUAGUGGUGUCUUAGAUGUUCAAUAGUAUCUAGAACAUACCGUUUGUUUUAUAGAAUGUCAUACAGCAUAGAGGUCAUAGCAAGACCCAAACCCAGGAUUUACUGUAAUAAGGCAAGGUAUAAAGAAAUCUGUAUUUGAAAGAUGUUUUAUAAUUGUGGGAUUUUUCAUGGUAGGUGGUGGUCAACAAGGCCUCCAUGAUUGUGAAUCAACUGUCCAAGAAGGAGGCAUCCCGCCGAGCACUGAUGCAGUCCCCACAGAUCGUAGCAGCUGUAGUACGCACCAUGCAAAACACCAGUGACAUGGAGACAGCCCGUUGCACGACCAGCAUACUUCACAACCUGUCCCACCAUCGCGAAGGGCUUCUGUCCAUCUUCAAAUCUGGGGGCAUCCCUGCUCUCGUUCGCAUGCUUAGGUACCUACUUUGCAAUCUUUUUGCCAGUCUUGAGUCUGUAAAGGGUUUGUGUUCUAUUGAAUGUUUUUUGUAUCUAAAUGAAGUUAUACUGAUCUUAACAAGAUACAUACAAUUUCAUCUAAACCUAGUGUGUGAAAUUUUUUUUAAUUUUAUUUUUUUCCCCCCUUUCCCGCACUAACUUUUUGCUCCUAUAAAUCAGUGUAACUGAAGGUGAAUUUUUGGCUUUAUUUUGUACUUCCUUUUUUAACAUUUUGCUGGUAUAUUCAGUUAUUGCCAAACCCCAAAAAGGCACUCAUUAAGCUCUUGUGGUUAGAUCAGGAUGAUUUGCUCAGACCUUUUAUAAACCAGGCUGAUGGAUGCAAGUUGAUGCAUUGUUGGUUAGCUGACGUGCAUUCUUUAAUUGAAUAUAGUCUACCGCAUUAUAUAAAAGUGAAAAAUCUAGAUAUGGAUAAAUGUGUAAAAAUAACUGUCCACUUGCAUACAGAUAAUUUAAUUACAGUUUGACUUUUGUAGUGAUCUUAAUAAUAGUGAGCCUAAUAAUCGUCAGCAAUGCUGCUUCAUUCAAACCACUGCUUGUGUUUCUCAGUUCUCCAGUAGAAUCUGUGCUAUUCUAUGCCAUUACCACCCUACACAACUUGCUCCUGUAUCAGGAAGGAGCGAAGAUGGCCGUACGUCUGGCUGAUGGCCUCCAAAAAAUGGUGCCACUUCUCAACAAGAAUAAUCCCAAAUUCCUUGCCAUCACCACAGAUUGUCUUCAGCUGUUGGCCUAUGGCAACCAAGAGAGCAAGGUGAGGUUGCAAAUUGUCAGGGUAUUUAUAUCGGCAGACAUCUUGUGCUAUGAUAGAAAUUAAAAUUGUAUAUUCUGAGUCACUCUGAACAGACCAGACUCCAUUUUGUUAUUUUCAAGUUAAGAGAGACACAAAAUUUCUAUACUUUCUGUAAAACUAACCACUUUCCCAGAGCUAAAGGAAUGCAUAGUAUAUACAAACCAAGUGAUAAGGAGAACGGGGGUUGGAUAGACUGUCUAAAUGGUAAUGGAAUAGAUCAAUUCUAAACCCAGACAUUGGUGACAGAGAAGAUUAAAUAAUAAAAUUUUACUUUCUUUAUUUACAAGGUCCCAUUGUAAGUUACGGGUCAAAACUCAGAAUUUGCCAGACACAGUCUGGACAAAACUUAAAGAAACUGUUUGAAGUGACAGCAAAUCUAAGUUAUAGCAAACGUAAAGAUAACGCAAAAUGACGUCAAAAUAGCCACCAAGAAAAGUUAACCCUUUCCUGGAUAGGUAUGUUUAGUGGGACAAGACUGCCCUCUAUAGACCAAAUACCUAAAUUGCGAUCCCUAGGUAAGCACACCUCUAGUGCUUCUAUUGGGUUAUCAACUGAUGACGUACAGAGAGUCUGGCCCUUUAAAAGUUAGGACAAAGGGAAGACAGGGGGGUUGAGAAAAGGAGAGAGACGAGAAAUGCAAGGGUAUGCAAAGAAAGCAAAGAAGUGAGCAGUCGGAAGCAAUGCAGAGAGGCCUAUGACAGAUAUCCACUCUAGGACACAAUUACCUACACACCUCCAUGCAGAGAGACCUCCAAAUAAGUUCCUGAGACUAUCUACCAAUCGGAUGAAAUAUCUACUCAACUGGUAAUUAUACUGGUUUCAUUUAAUUAAAUUAAUUAAAAUUUACUAAUAGCAUGAUAUGACUGGAUAAAUCAUGGUCAGAUUUCCAUAUUAAGAAAUCUUAGUUAACUAAAGAAUAUAUAGUUAUAAACAUUCCAUUCUGCAGGUGGAAUUAAAAUAAUUAUAUAUUAAUGUGAUAGUAUCACGUGUUAGCAUACCGCUGUUUUUAUCCAGGUGUAUUGAUUUGCUCUAAAUUAAGAUAAGAUAUCUUUUAGACAAAUUAAAAUCUGCUUAUAUAAUCAUGGUAGAUUCUCUUAUUGGAUGGUUCCAGGAAAUGACUAAUGAACUGGUUUAAAUGUUAUUUUAUUUAAAAUUACAUAAGAAUAGAUCUUAAUUACCUAGGAGAUCUAGCCAGCAUUGAAAGGGUUAUUCAGUUAUUCUAAGUUAGCCAGGGUUUUAUGGCCCUUCGCUGUGAAAAGCUUUCUGUGUCUGUUAAGGAUACCUCAUAAAUCGUGUAAGUCUUGACAGAAAAUGCUGUUUAGCCAUUGAAACGUGUAUACCCAUUCCAUUGUAUUGCAUAUCAUUUUAUACUGGAUAUUCAUUGAUUGUCACGCAUGUUACAUAUUAUUAAUUAAUUUAUUAUAAAAUCUAUUUUUAAAACAUUGUGAUUUAUUUAUAUGAAAUACUUUUCACUUACGAUAACUAUCUUUGGGUCUGAGAAUUGAAUUAGUGGGCAAUUCUCACUGUUUACUAUUAUUAUCCCAUAAAUAUCCCCACAAAAUGAAAACCAUAAUGUGGUUGUAUGUUUUAAUUUUUAUAACCUAUAUUUUAUAUACUCGGUGGUACUAAUGCUUUUGAGGCAACCUAUAAAUUUACCUAUUUCUCCGUAGCUUAUAAUAUUGGCAAAUGGUGGACCUCAAGGACUGGUGCAGAUCAUGAGGACCUACAACUAUGAAAAACUUCUUUGGACUACAAGUCGUGUGCUGAAAGUGCUGUCUGUCUGCCACAAUAACAAGCCGGCCAUUGUUGAAGCAGGUAAACUAAUGGCUUACAGUUCUUUAUUCAAAGCUUCAUAGUGUGAAUUUUCAACCCCAUCUAUAGUGUAGCUUUGUUUAUUUUCUCUAAGCAGACAAGUGAUAUCUUAGUGGUUAGAGCAGGGGUCCUCAAACUCCGGCCCUUUAGCUGUUGCUGAACUACAAAUCUCAUGAUUCUCUGGCCAUCUAUGUAAUUCAAAGAAUCAUGGAAGUUGUAGUUCAGCAACAUCUGGAGGGCCACAGUUUGAUGACCCCUGCGUUAGAGCUUCAACUAAAAUAUCUGAUCUCACAGCAGUUUAAGCCCCACAGCAUAUUUACCUUUAAUCCUCCAAGUCAGUGACCAAAGACUAACAUCUAUUACCACAGGGCACACGUAAAGCUAAAAUUAGCCAUCCUGAUGAAUGAAGAAAUCACAAUCUCUUCCAAAGUCAAACUCCUGUGGCUGUGGGCAGUGGGAAUUCCCAGAAGUCCUUGCACAGUGCUCUCAUUCUAUUACUAAUAUCCAUUAUUGUCAAGUGACAAAAUAAAAUUAACCUUUAAAUUCUAGCUGUAGGUUUUAUUAUAUGACCAUAUUCACAAAUUCACUUGUUAAAUUGCAACAAAUGGUAGCAUUUAUCUAAAUUUUAUAUUUCUAUUGAGGUAUACAUUAACUCAUUGAUUAGAUGCGAUCAGGAUAAAAGGCACAAUGGACUUGUGACCCUGUGGUCUGAACUCUUAUUAGACUUAUGAUGUAAAGUAUAACCUCACUUCCCCUUGUCAUUUAUUUAUAUAUAUUCUUAAAUGUACUUCUAAGCUAUUCCAGGGUGCACACACUGAAGUGUUUUGCUAUGGGUAACGUGACUGCUUGUAACUAUAGGCAUUUCUCAUUCUAUUUGGCUGAAGCUUUGUACACCCCAACAAUGCAGGAAUAGUUAUUUAUUGCUGUUUAACAGUCCAAAGACCAGGAUAGGUUUUUGUGUGUUUUUUGUAUUAGCGCAAAAAAAAAAAAAAAUUUGUUCAGAGUAAGCAAGAGGAAGAUGUGCGUAGGCAUGACCCCAUAAGGAUUGCAGGGCCCCCAGUGCCGGGCCUUUCACAUUCCGCAAGCAUUACACAAUCACCUAGGUUGCCUUAAUGCUUUUCUGGCUUCAGGCAAAAGAUUUGCGAAUCCUGUUCCUUGAGUUGCUGUUGGCACCCACACAACACUGCUCACUUCAAAGCACAGAGAUGGGGAGAGAGUAGUUCUCUGUGCUCAAACACCAAGUUAAGGCGUCUGGCUUGGUGUGAUAAGUUAAGUAUUUAGACCUCUGAAUGGAGAAGUGCUGGAUCCCCAAAUGAUGUCGAUGACUAGGAAGAAACUGGGUAGCAGAGAUUAAUCUGGAAAACCAGAAAUGUCUGGGGUUUUAAGCUUUUCUAGAGUAACAUUUAGGGAGCGAAGACAUUCAAAUUCUCUCUGCCUGUACUUGUUUCAUGUUGUCCUGAGGCUUUCCAUCUUCAGAGGCCUGACGCUGAUAUUUGUUUCUCAACGGUGCCAUGUGUAAUAUGUGGGUUUUCCUUUUGCCAGGUGGUAUGCAGGCUCUGGGGAAGCAUCUAUCCAGCUCCAGCCCAAGACUUGUGCAGAACUGCCUCUGGACCUUAAGGAACCUUUCUGAUGUGGCUACUAAACAGGUGGGACCAGAGACUAGCUGCCAUGAAGCCAAAAAAGUUAGGGAGGAUCUGUCGUGUGGUUUUUUUUUGUUUUUUUGUUUUUUUUUAAAUCCACUUAUGGCUUGCUUUCAGAAAUUGACACUAGAAGAACUAACUUAAAAUAUAGAGCAGGUCCCACUGGUGUCAGUUUGAAGGAUCUUUGACGUUUUAUUUAUUCCAGCAUCCAGUUGUUCAUAAUCUGCAAACCUGCAUAAUUUGUAAUCCAUGCCUCAAAAGUGCUGCCCUCUGCUAGCUUGCAAUGCCAGUUUCUUUUAUCCAUCCUGACUCUCUAGCUUUUAGAACCGGUUUAGUUUCAUUAUGCCAAGCAAUUAAACCAAAACAUGGGUGUAUACAGUUAAAAUGUGGAUCACACCCGGUAUUGUCCUCAAAAACCUUCAGAACUUUGCAUUAGCAAAGGCACACCUUGGAAUGUACAUCUUGCCAGUUUACCCAGCCGUACUUAAUGGCCUCUAACUCGAGAUGGCUCAUGGCCCGCUGGUGUCUGUAGCAACUUAAAACGUGAGUUGUAUGAGUAUUGUAAACCGCAGUACACCUACCCGGUUUCCCUGAAAAUAAGACCUCCCCCAAAAAAUGAGCUCUAGCGUGUUUUUUCGUGGGGGGAAAAAAUUAAUAUAAGACCCGGUCUUAUUUUUUGGGGAAAAUGGUAUAUGAUGACUGUUAGACUGGUGAGUGUGCUGUUGCAGAAAUACUUCCUCAAUAGCCAUGUAUGAGGCCAUGCUUGAAUUAUGCAGGUGGCAACAGCCAGCCGAAAAGAGUUAAUCAUUAAAAUCUCAAUCGUAGCCUAUAGAAAGCAGACUGCAAAAUCGAGGCAAAAAAAUGAAUUCUACAAUAGUAGCUUGCUUUUGUUCGGUGCUAUGACUGUAAUUUAUCUCCAUUUGUCAUUUUGAAUUCCCUGAAGCAGCAAAUUUAAAUAAAAGGAAGCCCUUGAGUUACUUCACAAAGGUCCAUUUUAUUUUAUUGUUUGUAACGUAUAAAUUGUAGACUACAGUUGUAGUAAUGGGUUCUAGUACUAUGAACUAGAAUUCCCUCAUGCGGAACUUAAAAAUGAAUUGUCUUGGUUCUACUAAUAAAACUUGCUAUGAAUUUAAGCACACAGAUCUGUAAUUUCCCGGCAGAGCUUGGUUUGAUUCUUAAAGCGGAUCUGUCCCUUUUAGUAUUUCAUAAAGCUAUGCUCUUUAUGACUAAGACUGUGUUGGAAUUGCAAUGAAAUCUAAAGAUCCAAGAAGACAAAGUAGGGACCACUUUCAUAUGGUAAAGUCAGAGGUUGACAAGAGUAGACAAAAGGUUGAGCUCGGAUUUAAACUUUUGUCAAAUUCCAGCAGCUGUCACAAAUGACAGCUGCAGGAUUAAGACACGGUCUAUCGAGGAUCCUGUAGUCUUGAGGGGUCCCCCAUAAACCUCAGUGUUGUACUCUUGGUAAUGCUAAAGUACAACACAGACGUGGCUCCUUGCAACUGAAGUGUCAGAAGCCGAAAAGGACCUGCGGCUUUAUGGUGGUGGCCGUGAAGGACAGCCCGAGGUUAAUACUCCAUAUCCUGCAAGCUAUCACCACCAGACCCGCACUGGGUCUGUCUGUUUCAGGGAUCUUUACACAAUAUGCAAAGACCCCCAAAAUUGAUCUGCUUUAAACAAUGGCGUUACCCAUGUAUUUGAGUAGAGCUUGUGUGAAAACAUUUGGGUGUUUUUCCUACUCCCUCAAAUUUCUAUUCCAUGGUUGCUUCCAUCCCCCUCCUAAACACUUGUUUUCACUCACCAAUCCAACCCUUCCCUCGCAUUAAUGUACUACACUGCUAGCCUGGCUUUAAAGGGACACUAUAGGCACCCAGACCACUUAGGCUCAUUGAAGUGGUCUGGGUGCAAGGUCCCUUAACCCUACAGUGGUAACUAUUGCACUUUCUGAGAAACUGCGAUAAUUACCUCUCGGGGGUUUACUCCACUUCUGUGGAACUCUGGGUGCUUGGAAGACUUUUGGUCGUCUAAAUGACGCUGGAUGUCCUCACGCUAUGCAUUAACUGCUUCCACAAUCACUGGAAUCCCCUUAGGAAAGCAUUGAUUAAUGCUUCCUAUGGGGAAAUCCUAAUGUGAGUGCCGCCAUUACCAUGCAUGCGUAUUGGCCCUCCCUGCCGGCUGACUUUGGCGAGAGAGGAGCGUUGGAGGAACCUCACCCAGAUGUGAGGGACAUCGGCCCUGGUAAGUGACGGGUUUUAACCCAUUCAGCACCGUAGGAGAGGGAGUGCAGGGGAGGGGGCACUGUAGGAACAAAUAGGGCCAGGAAAACUGCUUUGUUUUCCUGGCAUUAUAGAAUCCCUUUACGUUGCUCACCACUGCAAGCCUGGAGGGUUCGUAGCACACUUUCCUGUUGUGAAUUUCUUCUAGGCUGACAUACACUUAUAUAUUUUUUUUUAUUUUUUUUUAUCACAGGAUGGCCUGGAUAACGUUCUAAAGAUCUUGGUGAACCAGCUCAGCUCAGAUGAUGUAAAUGUUCUCACCUGCGCCACGGGCACUCUUUCCAACUUGACUUGCAACAACAGCCGCAACAAGACUCUGGUGACCCAAAACAAUGGUGUAGAGGCCCUGAUCCACACCAUUCUGCGAGCAAGCGACAAGGAUGACAUUGCAGAGCCAGCCGUUUGCGCCCUUCGCCACCUGACAAGCCGCCACCCAGAUGCAGAGGUGGCUCAGAACUCUGUGAGGUUGCACUAUGGCAUUCCAGCUAUUGUAAAAUUGCUCAACCAGCCCUACCAGUGGCCACUUGUCAAGGUAUGUAUACCAAGCGUACCACAACCUGUAGGAAGGGGAACACAGGUGUUACGAAGAUAGGAUUUUGUAUACAGAUUGGUGUUUAGUGAACACUGUAUGGACUGAAUGUAGAUCUAAAAGCCUUGGUAUAUCUUAUUGCUUGGCUCAUAUGAACUAUCAAAGGGUUAAGCAUUCUAUUUUGAUGCAUUUUCUUAUUCUUGGCUGUAGUUGGGUUAAAAUUCCCAUAUAUAUUUAGUUGUAGUUGUCUAAACAACCAUAGCUCUCUAAAGCUUGUCCAUUCAGAUGGCUAUUAAUUUAUAUUUUAAGGGACACUAUAGUCACCAGAACAACUACAGCUUUUUGUAUUUGUUCUGGUGAGUAGAAUCAUUCCCUUAAGACUUUUUGCAAUAAACACACUUUUGAGAAAAUAAAGUGUUCACAUUACAGCCUAGGGAUAUCUCCACUGGCCGCCACUCCGAUGGCUACUAUGCUUCCUGGGGCAGUGCUAUACACAGUGCAGGACUGCUAUUUUGCAUGGAGACACCGAAUUUUCCUCAGUGAUGCAUUGAUUCGAUGCAUCUGAGGAGAUGCUGAUUGGUCAGGUGCUGGCUCUGCUCCUGUUCUCUCUUUAACAGUCUCAGCUCCUGAUGUCAGACAAGCAGGCAGAACAGGGGCAGAGACAGCAUCUGCAGACCUGAAUAAAAGUAAGAUUUUACUAUAUUUAGGAAGGCAUGGGGGUAGGGGGCAGGCGGGCUAGAUAGUGGUUUUAACUCUAAAGGGUCAGGAAUACACGUUUGUGUUCCUGACCCUAUAGUGUUCCUUUAAAUACUUGAAUACUCAAGCAUAUUCUUACAAAGAAAGGUUAAAGGAUCUUAACAUGUAUAGCUUGGAGGAAAGCCGAGACAGGAGGGAUAUGAUAGAAACAUUUAAAUAAAGGGAAUCCACACCAUAAAGGAGACCAUAUUUAACCCCUUAAGGACCAAACUUCUGGAAUAAAAGGGAAUCAUGACAUGUCACGUGUCCUUAAGGGGUUAAAAGGAGAACUACCACAACAAGAGGACAUAGUCUUAAAUUAGAGGGGCAAAGGUUUAAAAAUAUCAGGAAGUAUUACUUUACUGAGAGGGUUGUGGAUGCAUGGAAUAGCUUUCCAGCUGAAGUGGUAGAGGUUAACACAGUAAAGGAGUUUAAGCGUGGGAUAGGCAUAAGGAUAUCCUAACUAUAAGAAAAGGCCAGGGACUAAUGAAAGUACUUAGAAAAUUGGGCAGACUAGAUGGGCCAAAUGGUUCUUAUCUGCCGGCACAUUCUGUGUUUCAUAUGCAUAUACCAUACAAUCACGUGUGUGCCUGGAGGUUUCCUUCAGUAGUGUCCUGCAUAGAGUUGCUUUUAUGUGCUGCAUCUGUUGUACUGACAUUAUGUAAAUGUGGAAGUUUAUAUAUAAUUUUUCUUUUUCUUUUGUUAAAUACAACCUAUGGAUCUUAGUUGGUGUGGAAAUCUCACAAGUGACAGUGAGUGCUUUUAAAUUAAAAAAAGUUUUGUUUUGUUUUUCUUCAUUUAUUUGUAGGCUACCAUUGGCUUGAUCCGAAACCUUGCUCUAUGCCCUGCCAAUCACGCGCCCUUACAUGAAGCUGGUGUCAUCCCACGGCUUGUCCAGCUGCUUGUAAAAGCUCACCAGGAUGCGCAGCGACACGCGGCUUCAGGAACACAACAGCCAUACACGGUGAGUGCAGCUAUCUGGUAAUAUUUCUUCCUUUCAUUUUGAGCCUCGUGGCUUACUCUGCACAUCUUGUCUCAAAUAUAGAAUUUUUUUUUUAAAUUUAGCUUUCUUUAUACACUUAUUUCGUACAUGUAAAUAUGUACGACAUAAUCCCGUAAUUACAAACAAAACAAAAUAGGACUUGGUGUUGGUAGGUGCUAUGGUAAACCAUAUCAAUACCCUAGUACAAAUCUAGAUAUCUGUGCUACACUAGUCAGAACUUUGUUGUAAAUAUUUGACAUUUUCUGCUAGAUUCUACUAAUCAGAAUUCAUAUAGUGUGUAUUCUCCAAAUACUUUUAAUAUUUGAUUCCAGAUAAAAAUAUAUAUUUUAAUUUUUUAUUUUUUUAUUUUUUUUGAGCUCAGCUUAACAUGGGUAUGAGACUAGCCAUUCUCCCAAUUCUUACCUCUAUAGGUAGAUUUCAAGACAAUAUGCUGAAUCCAGCUCUUGGUGAUGUUGCCAUGGCAACAAGGGCAUAAACUAGUAAAGUGCUGGAUAAUUUACUAUCAGCCUUGUAUCUAUGUAGCAUCUUGUCUUCAAUCAACGUGUUGUGUUUUAGCCUUAUCAAUGCUUAAAGAACAAAGAUAAGAUUUACGUACAAGGCACUCUGUGAAUAUAAAAUUGAUCUUCACAUAACCUUUAGUGACCUAUAAUCCUCUUAUAACCUGUAAAGACCAUUCUUUACUCCAAUAUGUUGGACUCCAUGGCAACUCAAGAAAUGAUUUGUUCAACUCUGUAUGUUCUAAUAAGAACCUUGCAUUUGGUUCAGUUGAUUGUCUCAAUUAUCCCUAACCUAGGUAGCAGUGGUUUUCAGGUUUUUUUUCUUCCGUAAGAUAAUUAGUGCCAUAUCACUUUUAAAAGACCACUUGCCUUCAGUCCUAUGUGAAUUAUUUAGCAGUCAUGGCAAUAAAAGGCACCCACUUUUGUUUUUACCAUCUGUCUUCUGUAUUCUCUAAUCCUCAAAGAAAAAGCCGUCUUUAAUGCACCUAACCCGGGGCGAUCUUCUACUUUAAGCAUACCUCUUAUAUGUAGACUGAGGCAGCUAAAGUAUCACCAGACCAUAACUGUAUUAAUUACAAUCUGUUAGCAAAUGUAUAGAUUACAUCUUAUUUUCAUAUUUUACUUUGUAGCUGAGACCUCUCCCUCCCCCUUCUCUGAUGUAGAGGCAAUAGACAAAGGGGUAUAUCUUGCCUUUUGUCUGUCACGAUGUUUGAAGUGGUACGGUCACGUUAUUGAUAUAAAUAGUAUUAUUAUGAAAACCCUGUAGGCGGUUAUAUCAGUGCAAUUUUAAUGGUGUAAUUUUAUCAUAAACUGGAUUUGGGGUAGAAAUGUAGCAAAAGGCAUAGCUUCAAGUGGCAUCUGGCAGUUUAACUUGUGACGGCAAGGGUAGCUGGCAUCGUCUGUGGGCAAUGGAUGCAUAUGACUUUUGUAUACUCUAUUUUGUACUUGCACGUGCAAGAGUACACCACUGUUGCAACCCAAUAGCUGAAGUGAGCUGAACUGAAAAAAUGUCAGUGCUGAAACAGGAGCGCUUCGGUUAAGGGGUUCACUGCACAUAGAGGCACAAUCACCACUUCAAAUCACUGAAGAAGUCAUGGUGCUUGGCGUAACUCUACCCAUGAAUUUUGACAUUGAUUGAUUAAAGGACUUAUUUCAUGAACAUGGGUUUUAUUUAAUAGGUUUUAUGAAAUGGAGAGAAGUUCAAAAAUACACGUUGGGAUCUGAGAACUUGCCAGUUAUGCUUUUAAAGGACCACUGUAGUGCCAGGAAAACAAACUUGUUUUCCUGGCACUAUAGGGUCAUUAGGUCCCUCCUGCUGGACCGAAGGGGUUAAAAACCCUUCGGCCACUUGCCUUUCUCCAGCACCAGGCUCGCUCUGUGCUGGGGAACUCUCCACCCCCUGCCGACGUCAGAUCCGAAUGCACAUGCAUGCAUUCAAUCAGCCCAUAGGAAAGCAUUACUAAAUGCUAUGGACGUCCAGCGUGAGUUCAAUGCAAUUUUCAGUGAGAAUCGCGGAAGUGGCGGUCAGUGAGACAGCCACUAGAGGCUGGGUUGACCCUCAGUGAAACAUAGCAGUUUCUCUUAAACUGCUAUGUUUUCAGCUGCAGGGUUAAAACUAGAGGGACCUGGCACCCAGACCACUGCAUUGAGCUCAACUGGUCUGGGUGCCUAUAGUGGUCCUUUAAUGGAAAAGACAUGGUGUGUUUUUCGUUUUUUUUUUUUGUUUUGUUUAAGUGUUUGGGGGUUGUGUGUGUGUGUGUUGUGUUUUUUUGUUUUUGUUUUUGGGGGCGGGUUAUUUUUAUUUUAUUUUUUUGAGAACCAGUAAUGAGCAGCACAGACUGGAUUUAUGUCAAUCUAUAGAUGGUGACUAAACAAAAUCCUGGAUAAGAAUAUGUUCAGUGCAGCUGUUAAUCUGCUUUAAAAUCCCCCAACUUUUCUGGAGCAACAAAACAAUUGGUCUACAUAGUGGGGCUUCUAGGCAAAACCUAGAUUUGUGCGAUUUAUAAUAACCUCUAAACUUGUUUCUUCUUGUGUCCUCUACAGGAUGGUGUGAAGAUGGAGGAGAUAGUGGAGGGAUGCACUGGAGCACUUCACAUCCUUGCAAGAGAACCCAUGAACCGAAUGGACAUAUACAAGCUCAACACCAUUCCUUUGUUUGUGCAGGUGAGUGCUCUGUGCUGUAUUCCCCGUUUAUUUACAAGUAACCAGAAAUGAAUGGAGGUGGCAAAUGGCUCUUGUAGGACCAUCAACCAGACAGACUAUAACUGUUCUGUCUGCUACUGAGUGUCCUGAUUAGUUGAUGAAUGGGAUAUUCUCUGCACCUAUGGCGGUUAGUGCUAUAAAGUUUUUUUUUUGUUUUGUUUUUUUUGUUUUUUGUUUUUUUUAAAGUAUAUUUCAGUAAUCAAUAAUUAAUAGAAUAAAUUCUAACUUUCUGGUAGGUACCAUGUUCCUAUUCUGGGAUAAUCUGCAUCUGUUACAUGGUGACACAACCUCUGUGUGUCAUGUUAAUGUGUAUAGUUGUUUGGGUUAUCCUAAUUUCUGAGUUCUCAGAGCACACUGAUUCAAAUGGGCCGGUCCAAACCACUUUCUCCAAAGCCUUUUUAAUCCAGAUCGGAAUGAAUCUAAUCUGUCUGGGAUUUACCUGUGGAGUCUUAUUAACUGAAUAAGACUUCACGUCUUCUAUUACUGUGUAGAAAUCGUUUCAUUUAUAUUUUUCAUUGAUUAAGCCAAUUGGUGAUUGCUGUAAUGUUGCCAGGUUUCAUCUGAAAUCGGUAGCUUAAAACAUGGUAAAAUCCAUAAAUCCCGUUAUGUACUGGGAUUAUAGGAUAUACCUAGUGCUUCCUCUGAACGUUAUGGAAACAGAAGGGCUGGCUAAAAGACUUGAGGCUUUUCCUGGUCUAAUGAGUAAUCAUGUCCAAAAUGGCAUUAAUUUAUUUUUAAUACAACAUCUAUUAAAAGGGAGCAUAAACUCCAAAACAUAAAAGGGAAACUAUAGAUUCCCCCUCCCUCGCAAUUACCUUUGCAGGAUUAAGGGGCCUAGGACACAGCACCCAGACCCCUUCAAUGAGCCGAAGUGGUCUGGGUGCCCAUAGUGUCCCUUUAAAGCUAAUCUGUGUGCACAGCUUUUUUUUUAUAUGAUGAGACUGAUUUUUAAAUCUGAAAGUCCACAAGUAUCCCUGCUACAUGUGACUAAUGUUUAUGACCUUUUUCUUAUUUACUGUUAGACUGAAACAAUGUCUCACCUAGCUUUCAUUGAAGAUUCUGUUUUUGUUUCUCUGAUGUAAGAAAUUAACUUCAGUUUGCUGCCAACAUUGUCCUCCUGAGACAACAUUGCAGUUGUUUUGUAAAAGUGACUGACAUACUUAAGGCUGGAACUCUGAGAUUCAGUAUUCUAUUUUGAGUCUAGAUUUGACAUUAAUGCAUCCGUACGAAGCGGCAUUUCUUAACAUUUCCUUGGCAGUCCCUAAAGUGACUGAUUUUAACGAUUUUACAAUUUUUGACAAUCUAUUUUAAUUGAAUAGUUAUCGAACGCACUUUUAUGUACAGACUCUUCAUUGCACUGGAGACUCUUGAAAUAGGACAGUAGUACUAGUUCAUGUUCAGCCAACGAUGUUUAAUAAUCAUCGCUAUAAUGAGCUAAACUACAGCCAUUCUUAUAGAGAAGAUGUACAAACUGAUAUGAACAGGAGAGCGCAAUCGUAGUAAAUUAAAAUUCUUAUAAUAUACUUAAGCAGCUAAAAACAAAAAGUUCCUUAAAAUUCCUUUUUUUUUAAAUAAAAAUAUUUUACGUAAUGGGGAGGCACAUUAUUGAGUGUAUUUUGCAUGACCCAUAUUUCAUACAUUAUACAACUAAAAUAUAAAUUUGGAUGUUUGAAUCCAGUCCUAUCACUCUUUGAAUGUAGAUGGUGUGCAAAGUUAGGAUUUGAUCAGGAGAGCUAAUGGUUUGUGUAUGCCCCAUUAUGUGAAUUAGAUACUUAAUUCCACAGCUUAGCGCCACUCUGUGUACAAGGUGAUUGAUCAAUAUGAGCGUUCUAUGGUGCCUCAUUAAUUAGUAAUCACUGUGGCUAAUUGCUUUAUUAUAAAACUAAUCCCUUCUGUGACAUAAUUAUACUGCAGGUCAUGCUGUCUUUUGUAAGACUGAUUUAGCCGGUAGGAGGCAUAAAACUGGUACAUGUUAUAUAUGUAAAGAGAUCUGGUGCGUUUUUACACUACAAUAUUUCAGGUUUCUGUAAAAUGCGUUGGAUUUAAGUUUUGCUCAUAUAAACGGAAUCUUUAACUUGAAACUAUGACUCCCUUGUCCAGCUCCUGUAUUCACCUGUAGAGAACAUCCAGAGAGUGGCAGCAGGAGUCUUGUGCGAACUUGCUCAGGAGAAAGAAGCUGCAGAUACAAUUGAUGCAGAGGGAGCUUCUGCUCCUUUGAUGGAACUGCUGCAUUGCCAUAAUGAGGGCACAGGUAAAUCUCCAGUAAAGGAAGCAUUGUCUGGGGGGAGGUAAAAUGUAAUGAUCCACAAUGGCUAUUAAAUAAAUUUUGCUGAGUGAACCACAGAACCUGUUGGGAAUAUACAUGAAUAUUUUGUGCAAUUUUUUUUUUUUUUUUAAUUUUUUUUUUUUAAAGCAAAUAUUUUUCCUAUCUUUGAUUUCUGACCAUCUGACUCCAUGGUGUACGCAUGAAGUAUUUCAGAGUGAAGCUGGCUUUCCAAAGUGACAGGGCUAUAGUUUCCUUAUAAGUUUUGGUUUUAGGUUAUUAAAUCUGUUCCGCUGUAACGUUUUCAUAUUUAUUUAGAGCAUAGGAUUGUAUAACAAUUUGUCUGUGAAUGAUCUACACUAUGAUGAUCAAUAUCUUCUUUCAGCCACCUAUGCUGCCGCUGUUCUCUUCCGUAUCUCAGAGGAUAAAAAUCCAGAUUAUAGGAAGCGCGUGUCUGUGGAGCUUACGAACGCCAUUUUCCGCCAGGAUCCUGCAGCUUGGGAAGCGGUAAGUUCCAUAUUAUUGACCUCUAUCUGGCAGUUUAGAAAAUUUGUAAUAUUCAUAUUAAUUUUUGGUUUGCGUUUUAGCACAAACUCUGCUUUGUGAUAGAAGUCAAUUGUCCCCAUAGUGUCUACUGAAUUCUAACAAUGACAUCAGUUGGUGCUAAUUAAACCGUAGAUAUUGAGGUAGGACUGUCUAGUCAAAUGAUAGGCUCAGUUAACUCACAAAUGUCAGUGUUGACUAUAUUUAUUUCUACCACUUUUAAAGAGUAUUUUUCAUGAGGACCAUUGACUCUAAAAGAGAAAAAAAUGACUUGGAGGCUCAGUUCAUAAAAUCAGAACCGCUCAAUGUAGGCAAUGACAAAUAUUGGAUUCAUUGUAAGCUCAUAUCAAUUGUAUUUGCUCUGUGUUCCUGAUGUGCUUUCUCACUUAAUAAGAAAUCCAUAUGAAAUUUUUUACCAAAACUUUUUUUUUUUUAACUCACAGGCACAGAGUAUGAUUCCAAUCAAUGAUCCUUACUCAGAUGGUAAGUGUGAUUGAAUAUCUCUUAGAACAAAGCAUGUUUCUGUAACGCAUGCAAGAUUCCUUUGAAUUUCAUGCCCAGCAAAAUUUGUAUUUAUUUUUUUGUUCUUUUACAAACUGAACGUGGUGAAGAUUGUUACAGGUGGGGGCUGGGAACUCACUUCUUAAUACCCUGAAUUCUAACUCUGACCUUUCCUAUUCUUUAGAAGUGGAGCAUUACCGUACUGCCGGGUAUGGAGAUGAUAUGCAAAUGGAUCCCAUGAUGGGAGAUCUUGACGGAGAUUAUCCCAUGGACGCUUACAGCGAACACGCGGGAAGAAUACCAUACCCUGACCAUGUAAUCUGAUCUUGCACAAGGUAAAAUCUGGACUGUGCAUGUAGCCUUUGUAAUCUGUCAUCCAUGUUGGGGGUGGAAGCUUCUUAUGAACUUGAUAGUGGUAGUUGUUAAAAAUGACUUGAUAGUUUGUUUGUUUGGUUUUUUUUUUUGUGUUUUUUUAUAUUGAGCAACCGUGGUACACUUUAUUUAAAAUAAAGGAUGGGUGCUCUUUCAAGUGCACCUAAACUUAUCUGUAUACUUUAUGCACUAAUUUUAUCAUGUAGUGGUUAUGGUGCUAGUCAGACCGUUUAAUGCUUUAACUAACUUACCUGUGGUUUGCCAGGGUGCUGUUCCCUUACUCCUCUAACCAGACAUUAUGGCAAUGAGCUAAACCUGGAAGUACAGGUCUUUGCUCAUUGCCUGAGAGCCAUCAGCUAAUGCUGUCAACCAAUGAGCUAGCUCUGCACUGCAGGACUUGGCUAAGGAGAGCUAAUGGAGUCUUCUGGUGCUCAAUUCUUGCUGGGAGGAUGUAGGGAUCUACGCCGGGUGAACCACAUGUAAGUCAAACCGUUGCCAAAUAGGUUGACUACACUGGGGAGUGCCAGGGCACUCUUUUCAUCCUACCCACUGCAGCUUGCUUGAAGUGUUCCUUUUUUUUACGUUUUAAGAAUUGUUUACAUUUAUGACAAACUUUCCAAAUGAAGUAAACCACAAGAAAUUAACUGCUAGAGAUAUUUAAGAGGGACAUGUCUGAACCAAAGUCUUUCAUUUUUCUAUUCUAGUUCUUUACCACUGAAGAGGAUGAUCCAAGACUGAAGUGCCUACAAUGAACAUGUUUCUGCCCUCGCCUUUCCCCCUCCCUACAUUUUAAGAGCUUUUAUUUCAUAGACUUUGCACGAGGUGGGCUUUGUAAAUGCCCCCAGCACAUUGGUUUCUGCUUACAGAACGCUGAUUAUCAACCUCUGCGUGUGUGGCUUCGAGGUUAAUAAACUGGUUUCUUUAGUACUUUAAAUCCUAGAAGUUUGUGUUGGACUAAUGCAUUUUUUUUUUCUAUAGAUUAUAAAUAUAUAUAAAUAUAUUUCAUUUUUUUAAAAAGAUUUUAAUAUGGCACAAAUCCUCCAAUCCUCAAUCUUGUAUUUUUAUUUUUCUUAUGCUGUCACCCUAGAAAUAUUUUAUCUUUCCUUUUGGAUUAUGUCUUUACAGUGCUUUUUGUUGCCUUCAUUUGUAUAACUUUUGAGGGUGGAAGAACCUAAAUCAAACACUAUGGAACCUCUUUACAGAAUCUUUAUAUCGUUUGUUCUCUUAGCAGGCUAGUGUGUCCAGAAUACUUUUUCAGUGGUAAUCAUUUUAGAACAUUUUCUGUCUGUAUGUGUAUUGCCCUCUUCUCUCCUAGUGUAUCAGAAUGUCUUUCAGUUGGGCAUCUGGACAGGAAGCAGACAUUGUGUGCAGUUCACGGAGACGGGCCUUUCCUUAUCCCCCCCUGUCCCUAUAAAUGCACAAUGUUUACAAUUGAAACCUCCUGGUAUCCAGGCACCAAUGUUUCUCAAAACCUGGCUCUUCAAUUCACUACUAUUGUAAUUGUGUUUAAAUUUAACAUUUUUUCUUUUUGUUCACCAAAAUCUCAAUACAGUAAAUGUUGAAAUCCUGUUUUUAUAAAUUAGCAAUCUGUAUAGCUGGUUUAAUUUCAACUUUGUCAUUGUGCCCAAAAGGAGAGAAUAUUGCAUGCACACAAAUACAACAGAAAAAAAACAUAUUGAUAUAAAAUGGCUACCACUACAUCAACUUUUCCCAUUUUGUACAAGUCCUUUAAAUACAUUCCUCGUUUAACAGUAUUUUAAAAUUGCAAACGUUCUACGGCCUGUUUGAAGGUAUAAAAGGUUUGAUUUUUGCCUUCAGCCAAAUUUUUUUUUUUGUUUGUUUUUUUUUAAAUUUCAGUUUAGGUUAAGUUAUAAUUUUUAAGGAUCAGAAAUAUAACAAGUGACUAAAUGGUAGAAAGAGCAAAACUUUGCUCCAAAUUGACAAACUUUUUGUACCUGAUAUUUUUUGAGCAAAGUGAUGUUGUGCAGGACUAAAACAUUUUUAAAAAUGCUUUUCAGCAGUCUUUGUGGUCUUUGUUUCGGGGUUUUUUUUUUUCUGUUCAAGGCAAAUAUUUUUGUGCACAUUAUAACAAUUAAAUUCAAUUGGGGAAAAAUAAACACUUCUUAAUUGUGGUUACAUAUUUAAAAGUGUAAAAUAUUAUUUUUUUUAUUUUUUUUUCCUCCCUUUGUGAAAUUAUCGGUUUGGCAAUAAAUCUUAACUGCUGCUUUGUGUCAUGGCUUCAUUGUUUUCUUUGGAAUGUUGUUGGGGUGUUGCACUUUUUUUUGUUUUUUACUUUUUCCAACUGUUCGGUAUUGGGACUUGGCUAAACAGUUUCCCUUUCUUUUGUAAUUUUUUUUUUUUUUAUAGACUCAAAG